AUGCCUGUAGAGACCCUCCGGCCCUCGGACGGGCGCCUGGCGGGGGUCCCCUUCACCUCGGCCAUGCCUUUCCGCAUCCUCAACAAGGGACCUGACUACUUCCGGCGGCCCGCAGAGCCUGGAGCCCGUAAGCUGAGUGCGGUGGAGCGCCUGGAGGCGGACAAGGCCAAGUAUGUGAAGAGCCAGCAGGUGGUGCUCACCAGGCAGGAGCCUGUCAAACCACCCAUCAUCCGCAAGCCUCUGCUGUCCACGGGCAUGAUGCUGCAGUCUCGGAUCAACGCCCCCCCAGCCCGCAAGUUCCCGCGGCGGCCGGCCGACUCAGAGAACGGAGGAGGGACAGGAGGGGUAGGGUGGCGGAGGGGACCCCCUCUUAACCUGGAUAUCCUCAAUAACCUCAUCAACAACGUGUGUGAUGGACCCCUGCAUUUCUCCCCAUCUCCUGUCCCCUCCUCGCCCUCCGCCUCCUCUCCUUCAUCUGGGGGGAACAGCAUCGGGAAUGGACUCUCAGCUGACCAGGAGAGGAGCAAUCGAGUCCUGAACAACCUUAAACAUGUUAAUAACUGCAACACCUCCUCCUCUUCCUCCUCUUCCACCGCCUCUCCCUUUAACAACAACAGCCAGGCCUCCCCUGCCGAGCCCAGCCGCCGGCCGCCUCCUGUCCCAGCACGGGGCAUCAGGAUGGGGGUGCCAGUGCCAUACAGCACUCCAAACUCAGUGACAGUGCGCAGGGUGGAUGUUAGGCCCCAGGCUGAGGUGAGGAAGCCCCAGAGGACCCAGCUCCAGCCUCAGAUCAAGCCCAGACAGACUGCCCAGCCCCAGGUGGCCCAGCCCCAGGCCCCCACCACCACCUUCUCCACAGCAGCCCCAGACCCAACCUCUGCCCCUCACCCCCACGCAGGCUCUCCCCUCUCCCCCACCCUACCUGCCUCCAAGCCCCAUGGUGUUCCGGGCCGGCAUAAUGCCCCCAGCCUCUCCUGCUUUCACCCGCCUGUCCUCAGUCAGCUCCAGGGGGUCUCGUCCUGGCUCGGCCCGUAAACACCCCUCCCUACACCGCUCCAAGUCUGACCUGAGCGACCGGUACUCACGAGCCACAGCCGAUCUGGAGCGCUUCUUCAACUACUGUGGGCUGCACCCAGAAGAGGUAGAGGGCAUGGGGGGCGUGGAGCGCUUCGCCAGGGCCAGCUCAGACAUUGUGUCUGUGUCCAAGCUGCGCAGUGUCAGCACCCCCAGCUCUGAGUGUGAGCGGGCACGGGAACAGGGGGAGGACGAAGACGAGGAGGGUCCUGCCCAACCCGGGGAGCGUGUCCCCUACGGAAUCUCAGUCAUCGAGAGGAACGCUCGCGUCAUCAAGUGGCUGUACGGGAUCCGCCAGGCUCGGGACUCCAACGCUGUGUCCAAUGUUUAGAGGAAAGAGACAGGAGGGGGAGGCUCUGGAAUGAUACCCAGACCUGCCCCACGUUGUGUUUUUUAUUUAUUGAUAAAUCCCACAGACCAUUGAGGGGUCUUUGGUAUAUAUAUUUUUUAUUUUUGUUUCAAGGAGGACAUUGUUAUAAUGUAUUCUGUUGCCUUACGUCAUGUUUAAGGAUAAUUAUUUUUGAAGCAUCAAACUUUGAAACUUGGAGAGCACUCUGGAGUACAUUAAUUCGUCUGGGCUGCAGGUCAGGACUGCUUCCCUAGAAGAGAAGAAGGACAAGCAAUCACACUUCUCAAACGAACAUCGAAAGCAAUAAUGGCAGUGAUAGAAAUGACUGAAUGCUGAGGAUGAUGAUGAUGAUGAUGUUGAUGGCAGUAGACCAGUGAUGCUGUGGUCCCUGCUGUCUGUUUGUCUGUCACACAGGUACUAAGGAGGCUGUGUAUAGGGUCCCAGAGCCCUGCUUUGUCUGCACAGGGGUUGGAGCUAGACAGACUCUAAGGACGCAAGAAUAGGCUCUGGAUGUUUCACACAUUCAGAUGUGUGUGUGUGUGUGUGUGUGAGUGAGUGAAGACCAACCACAUUGAUACUGUGAAACAUGAAAGCUUCCACAAAAUACGUUUUUUUUCUUCUUCUAACCUCAUUAAUACCGUUGAUAUUGCUUUCAAGCAUGCAAGUGAAAGUCAAUAUAUGUGUGGUCAUCUCAACAAAGCACAAUCACCUGUACUCACAAAUACACACUGAAAACACAGACGUGUUCAGGUCAGUGAUGGAGUAACAUCUGUAGCUGUGUACUGCAUUGUCGUCUUCUGUAUUGCAAUUGAACAUUGUCUCUAACUAAGCAUAGGGCUUCAUUGGCGCAGUUAGUUUUUCUGUUUAUUCAGUGAAGAAGUUGUAUGUCUGGGCACGGAUGAGAAAGAGUGCCCAGACAUACAAGUGGUGUGGUAAAUGGAUGUUUGAGGUAAGUGUAGGGUGGAUGAGUAGGGGUGCUGUCUGGGGUUGGAGGUGAGGAAAGACAGACACUGCUCAAUGGAAGAGGGAUCAGGAUGGUUGGAGUAGGAAGGAGUGAGACAGAGUGAAUUCUCUGAAAGUAAACAGAAGGUGACUUAGAAGGUUCUGUGUGUCCUCGACAGCCUGCGGAAAAGAUGGACCAGUAUUUCUUUUAAAAAUGCAAUUUGAAGUUGUUAUAAAACUUUUGUAAUUGUAAUAUUCAACAACCGGUGCAUAGCAUUCAAGCAUUAUACAAAAGUUCAAUCUGAUUGUAUCUAUGUGAACAUGCACAUACACACAGACAAACACACACAUUAUAUGCACACAAGAUCCAGGCACCAGCCACCCACAGAACAAUAGUGUGAAUGUUGUGUGUAACUGAAUUCUGAAGUACGUGUAAUGAUAAUAUGCACUCUGCAGGGUUGGAAUCAAUGCCAUUUAAAUUCCAGUAAAUUCAGAAAGUACACCAAAUUCCAAUUCCACAUUUUCUUCAAUGAAAAUUCCUGCAUAGACUGGAAUUUAAAUGGAAUUGACCCCAACCCUGGCACUCUGCUCUGUGUAAAGGGAAAGGAUGGGAGACUGUUUAUUUAUGUGACUUUCUGUUCCUCUCAGAGGAGAUGGAUGGAGGGCUCAGCGGUGAGACCUCGCAUGGGUCUAGGACUGCGCUCCAUGAUCUGUUGUAAUGAUGUGCUAUUGAGUUCAGCACUGUCUGGCUGCCCAAAGAAGAGUCAAGCUACAACUUGCAACAUGGUGUGUUUCUUAACAUGUCAAUAAAUAAUAAAGUUUUUGGGGAAAAGUAUUUCUCGUCAGUGAUAUUAUGCUUUCAAUGCCUACCAAACUCUUCAAUCGUGUAGAGUUUGUCAUUGAGUUGAAUGUCUUAAUAAGAUAAUUGUGACGGCGUAUGGACUCUGUUUUUAGAGGCUACAGGGCAGCUUUGCCAAGUUCUGAGAUUUUCAAUGUGAUGCGGGUCCAGAGGAACACCCGCAGCUGUUUCUAAAUCUCCUUUUUGCAUGAAUUAUUGACACAGCCAGCAGCACUCCCAUAUCCCUUUUGACCACAGCUUUUUUUUAAAUUUUAUCCUGUUUUUCUAGAGUCCCUCUCAUCCAUUAUUUAGAAUGCAAAGUGUGGACACUCAUGCACAAUAACUCACUAUUCGAUCUCUUUCUCUCUUUUACACAACCACACAUACACACACCGAUUGUUGCACCCCAACAGUCUGCCCAUUGAGAGAUGACUGACUAGACUAUAGGAACAUACUUUAUUUAGUGCAUCAUGCUACAGUUCUCUCUUUUCUUCCUGAGAUUGGCCCAUGUCCAGAAGAGAGUGUUGGUGCUGUUUGGGCCCGAUUCCAACUUAGGCAUAAUUUACUUUCUUACACACUUCUCAUCUGUUGUAUUUAGACCUACCUUAUGCAGGUGCGUAAUGGGCUUUGCAAAUGUGGUUCCCUUGCGCGCGCUGAAUAAAUGUAAUUCAACUGUUGAAAACCGUCCCACUUGCUGGGUUUCCAGUUCAUUUAUCUUAAGCCAUUCAUUUAAACAUGGUGUACCUUUUAGUUAGAAUUUUGUCUGCAUACUCAAUAGAAUAUAUCGAGAGAACAGGUUCAGAAUAUUAGGGAUCAAUGAAAGAAAGCCAUUGAAAUAAAUGCAUAUUUGUCUCAGUUUCAGCACCAUUUGGUAGUUUUACAAAUAUUCUGAUCUUGUAGAUUAUUAGGGUUAGGAAAGUAUUUAUGAAUCAUAAACAGGUUAGGAGAGCUGGUUUGAUUAAUUCUGAAAAAUGGCACAUUCUGUUCUUCAACCCAUGGUAAUGUUGGAAGAUUAGUGUACAGAGAAUUAUAAUCGGGAGAAUAGUGUACAAUAGUAGGCUACACCCUUGUCUAUUGCCUGUACUAACCAUGGAACUGUGUGAUGACACAGCCAAGUAUUGUGCCAUGUGUUGGGUUCAAAUUGUUAUGGCUUGGUCUGCGCUCUGCUCCAUAAUUAUUUAAUGUCUUUUAAAAAAUAUGAUCAACUGUUACUAAUGAUCCUCAGCAACAACCACAUGGCCGAGACGGCAUUUACAGAAGAAGCAAAUGAAGGUAAACAUUUUGUAUUUAUUUUUUAAAUGGAAUGAUUAUGUAGGCUAUACCAACUGAAGGGAACUAACAGUAAAUUGGCAGUUGAAUAUGUGUGGUUAUUAUGCCUACUGACGGUCGAUACUGAUAGUGGCUAAUAUUUAACAUGAUAGAAAUAGGAAACAGAGAAAGUCGGGGUAGCCUAUAAUUUCCACAUUCAAGAGUGCCCAUCCCUCCAAGUUAAGGCCGUACAAUUUAAAUUAUGCGUAAUGGCACAGCAUUUCAUAAACUUUAUUGUGGGAAAGUUUAUAUGCUUUAGUUUGCUGCCAUAUGACUGGUUUCACAUUUGUCACCAGCAAUUAUAAGGUAAAAUAUAUCUAAAACAAGUAUCAUUUAUAUUUACAAUUUCCUUACCCAAACUCAUUACCUAGCUCUUAUCAAGUUAUAAAUUACAGUGCAUGGAGAAUGGUGUUAUUUCUAUCUGAAAAAUAAAGUAGAUGCUUUUUCCACUUGGAACCGGUAGGUUUGCUAGACCGUAUUCAUUGUUUCCUAGUGCGUAAAGGUGGUGGAAUUAUUAGGGAAUUAAGUCAGAAUACGGCAUAUCUAUAGACACACCUCCGCCACACCUUCAUUUAUUCGAUCUCCACACAAAACGAAUAGCAGGUGAAUAGCACUAUUGUCAUGCUUAAGUUCAAGGUCAGAAUACACAUGGAGAGAAAAGUGCAUAGAAAGGGAAUUCCGUUCCAUUUACAGGAGCUUAACUCUGGUUGGAAUCAAGCCCUAUUUACCCACUUUACCCAGUUUUCCUCAACGGAGCAUUUAUCCUCCAUACUGACGGAGAGGAGGGUGAAUAGGAAUAGAUGGGGAGGGGGCAGAGUGAGGGCUGUUACCCAGCUGCUGAAUCCUGCUGAAUUCCACUGUGGCCCUGCCUGCCAAACCAUGUCCCACGGCGCGUUAUUUCAACAUCACCUCCUCACCCAAGGAUGUGUUCUGAUUUAGGGUGCAGGUUUAAGUAGUUUUGGGGAGGGUUAUAGUGUUGAUGGUAUUGGGGCAGCAAUCUGCUAUGGAUCCAUAAACAAAGCGAUAAAUAUUGUCCCCCAAGGCUGGGAUGAGGCCCAGUGGCACCAACCACCUGUCACUCUGGUCAGCAGUGAUUAAUGUCCAGCCCUCAGUAGAGAGAGAGGAAGAGGAUGAGUGGGGGGAGGAAGGGCGUGAGAGUGCACCUUCUGCAUGCCAAUAUGCUAGUUCUUAGGGCUUGUACUGAAGGAGCAGACUACCUUGGUCUGGGAAGACCAGUGUUUUGUUUAGUAAACAACUCCUGUCCCCUCCUCGCCUUCCGCCUCCUCUCCUUCAUCUGGGGGGAACAGCAUCGGGAAUGGACUUUCAGCUGACCAGGAGAGGAGCAAUCGAGUCCUGAACAACCUUAAACAUGUUAAUAACUGCAACACCUCCUCCUCUUCCUCCGCCUCUCCCUUUAACAACAACAGCCAGGCCUCCCCUGCCGAGCCCAGCCGCCGGCCGCCUCCUGUCCCAGCACGGGGCAUCAGGAUGGGGGUGCCAGUGCCAUACAGCACUCCAAACUCAGUGACAGUGCGCAGGGUGGAUGUUAGGCCCCAGGCUGAGGUGAGGAAGCCCCAGAGGACCCAGCUCCAGCCUCAGAUCAAGCCCAGACAGACUGCCCAGCCCCCAGACAGACGAGGAGUGUCCUGCCCGACCCGGGAAUCUCAGUCAUCGAGAGGAACGCUUGCGUCAUCAAGUGGCUGUAUGGGAAGACCAGUGUUUUGUUUAGUAAAUAACUGAUAUCAUGAGGAACACAGGUGUAAGGACAACAUACAAGGCAGGGACAACUGCCAUAGUGUUUUUAGGAUGCCUUAUUGGCCCCACUCAAAUUUUCUUUCAAAGCUUUUCAACAGUAGAGGAUCCUAUGAUGUAAAAUUUUUCAUUUUGAGAGACAAGGCGAAUGUUGAAGGAGUGCGGGACAGGGAGUAAACUAAAGCAUAUUUCCUGUGUUUUCCUAUGCUCUGUCGUUUCCCAUUAUACUGACAGACAAACAAGCAGAGGAUCUGCUAGCUCUCAGGCAUAGAGGAGGCCAUAUGUCCAUAUUGACUGAGAGAUCAGCUGGGCUCUGGUGUUCUGCAAGGGGAAAAACACACAGACACACACACAUCUGCAUUUCCUCACAAUCACACAAACUCAUGUGGAAAUGUAGCCGUCUUAGUGUGUGUACUGUAUGUUUGCAAUGCUCAGUUGUGUGUGUGUGUGUGUGUGUGUGUGUGUGUGCUGAGUGUAUGUCUCUGUUCUGUGCGUGUGUAUGUGUGUGUAGAGUUUGACUUUAGACUAUGAGGCCUGGGUUGAACGGGGGCCAGGGGGAAUGUGUGUUGAUUUCUGGGGGACUGGGAAGUGUUGUUGUAAACUGAAGGCUUGAUGAUCCCUAGUUCCUAUGAGAAGGCUGCUGCUAAUGUAUGUCACGCCCUGACACACUCACCCACCGGUGGGAGGGAGGAGGAUGGACAGUGAUAAGCUGAUUAGGGACAAGGGGCAGAUGGGGUCUGUGUGUGUGAGUGUACAUACUCUGGGUGCUGUACAUACUCCUAACCAUAACCUUAAAAGCUAAACUGUGAAACCAUCUUUAGAUCAGCUGAAAGGGACAAAUGAGUGCCAGUCUGGCAGGGGAUAUAGGGCAGAUGAUGCCGGCCAAACAUGCUAUUUAUAGAUUGUGUAAAACAUAUUGACAAGAUAACAUGUCAGCCUAUCUAACCCACUAACAGAAAGGAAGAUUCCCAUGUUUUAACAACAGAGAACAGGAUGACGAAGGCAAACACAAGGUUAUUAGUAAGGUGUCUGUGCUUGCUACUGUUUUGCAACAGUAAGGUCAUAGCGUGAGAGGGCAGGAGUGCAGAGCCAUGUCUCAACCCGUUUCUGUCGGAUCUCUGACAGGGCAUUCAGAGACACCAACGUGUCACUUAAGGUGUGCAAAGCAACUCCUUUAAUAAUGGAUCAAGCUCGUAAACCAGCAGGUGAAUGCAGAAGAAACAUCUGAGACACACUCACACAAUACUAGUUGGUCUGUGUAGCAUCACUUGAGAAGAAUUGUCCUAUCACUUCAAUUGCUUACCGUAUGAGCUUCCUUUAGUUUAUUACAUCCUUGAGGUAUUUGUUAUUUCAGUGAGGGUCAAUGUGUGCGUGUAUGUGUCUUUAUCUGUUCGGGUGCUUGUCUUUUCAUUUUAUUUUCUGGGAAACUUUCAAACUUUCCAUUUGGAAAUAUGUACUGUAAUCACCAAGAUAAGGAGAAAGCCAGCCAAUCAGACGAGAUAUGUCUUCCUCUGCACUUUGACCUGUCUGCUGCACGCGGCCAAACACAACCACACCUGGCUGCCUCACAACCCUACUCUCUCCGACAAUAACAAUGUCAGGCCAGGAGCCGUAAUUAACGGAAACAACGGAUUUACCCUCCCACGAUGGAUGCCAAAUAUUGAGAGUACCUCAGGCCAGAUUUGGGCAAUUCCAGGGCUGCUUGUGUUUACCUAACCUCUUUCAUUGAAAUAUCCCUUGACUGACAUCACAAGUUUGAUAGGAAGUCUCCCACCCUGAUGUUAUUGCAAACCCUGACCUAUGUCCUGUAAUUAACUACUCUCUCGCCAAAGGUGGGCAGGGUUUGUCUUUUUAACACAGGCUGGAAGUGACCAACCUAUCAGUACUGUUGGUCGCCCAGAUCAUAGUACAAGCAUGUCAAUAAUGAUGUAAUAUGCUAUAUAUUAUAGUGAAGAUUACCACAUACUUUAUUAUAGUGUUGUAGUGCACUAUAAUGCACUGUAGAUAUGCACAGAUGCACAGUCAUAACACUUUUUUUUUUUAUUAUGUGUGUGAUAUACUCUUGAACCAUAAUUCCAUGAUAUUGCACUGGAAUAUAGGUCAGUGUGUGUGUCACUAUGUCUUUCAACAGGGUAAUUGACUUAAAGCAGACUCAACAGAUCAAUCAGGCCCUGAUUCCGACCCGAGUUAAGCUCCUGUAAAUGGAACGUAAUUCCCUUUUUAUGCACUUCUCUCUCCAUGUGUUUUCUGAUCUUGAACUUAAACAUGAAAAAAGCAUGCAAUUCACCCACUAUUCAUUUGGGGUGGAGAUCAAAGAAAUGAAGGUGUGGCGGAGGUGUGUCGAUACUCUUCGAAAAAAAGGUGCUAUCUACGACCUAAAAGGGUUUUUCGGCUGUCCCCAUAGGAGAACCCUUUGAAGGAUCCUUGUUGGUUCCAGGUAGAACUCUUUUGGUUCCAAGUAGAACUGUUUUGGGUUCCAGGUAGAACUAUUUUGGGUUCCAUGUAGAACCCUCUGUGGAAAGGGUUCUACAUGGAACCCAAAAUAGUUCUACCUGGAACCAAAAAGGGUUUUACCUGGAACCAAAAAGGGUUGUCCUGUGUGGACAGCUGAAGAACCCUUUUGGAACAGAGUGUACAGAUAAACCGUAUUCUGACUUUGACUUAAUUCCCUCAUAAUUCCACCACCUUUACGCCCGAGGAAACCAUAAAUAAGGUUGAGCGAACCUGCCGGUUCCAUAGAUGGAAAUAACAGCAUUUUCCAUGCACUGCAAUUUAUAGAUGGAUAAGAGCUAUUAAUAAGAGCUAGGUAAAUGAGUAAUCCAUUUGGAGUUUUAGAUUAUUUUUCCUUAUAAUCACUGGAGACGAUUGUGAAACCAGUUAAAUGGAAGCAAACUGAAAAUCAUAUCAACAUAACAUGCACUUUUCCACAGUGAAAUAGGCAAUAAAUAGGUGUACCGUUAUUUUUAUGCCAGAACUUGUGUGUGCCCUCAUAAUUUGCAUGGAUGAAAUUUGGACACCCAAGCUUCUGUAGGGCUGAACCUGCCGAGUUGAUGUAUGCACUUUAUAAUGUUUUAAUUAUAGCCUUGUAUCAUGUUAAAUAUUAGCCACUAUUGGGAGCCACUGUCAGUAAUACCCACAUACAUUUAUAACUGUCACCUUAGUGUUAGUUUUCUUCAAUUUGUACCUUACAAUUUGCAUAAUUCCAUUCCGUUUACCUUUCUUUCCUCUGUCACGUCGGUGUAAAUUGUUCCUGAGGGUCGCUAGCAUUAGUGGAUCAUAUUAGGCUAACGUUGUGCAAUCAUUUGGGACAUGUAGCCUAUUUGAGUCAUUAUGGAACUCAGACCACACGUAGCAGGUUAAACCUGGAGCCUGGCGCACGGUUCACAAUGUAAUUGUCAUCACAGUUCCAUGAUUAGUGAGGAUUAGGGUAGAUUUAUAGGACUCUUCAAACCUGUUUUUUUAUGAUUCCUACAUACUUUCCUAACCCAAAAAUGUUCCUAAAUAAUCUAACAGAUCAGAGUAUUUUAAAAUCUAUCAGUUGGUGCUGAAACAAAGAUGAAGAUGCAUACGUUCUAAUAAAAUUAUAAUUAAAGGUACACCAUAUUUAAAGGGAUGACUUGAGAUAAAUGUACUGAAAAACCUAUUGAAUGAAAACUCAAGAGAAAAUCUGUUAGCCAGCAUGUGGGAGGGUUUUUAGCAGUUUAAUUACAUGUAUUCAGCGAGCGCAAGGGAACUAUGCCUGCAAAGGCCAUUACGAACCUUCAUAAAGUAAGUCGGAAUACCAACUACUGAGAAGUGCGUAGGAAAGGUGUCAGUAAGAAAGGUGUAAUUUCCUAAUUCGGAAUCGGGCCCUUAGUGAUUGAGUUGAUGAACAACAAGGCUCCAGAGGUCAGAUGUAGUAUUAGCACAAAGUAUGGUUUCAAUAAACAUUGAAUGCUGGAUCAAAUAGAAUUAAGCUCAAUUAAAAGGACUGGAGUGUAUUGAAAUAUUGAUUGAUUUAUCUGUUUAAGCGUUACUGUUCGAACAGGUCUGAUGUACGUCAUGAAUCUGGUGUAUUUAUUUAUUUGUUGGUUUCAAUAAAUGCACUGUACAAAGAAUCUGUUUUGCAGACUUUCUUUACAUGUGUCCUACAUGUGCUUUCUCUGUCAUUAUCAAGAUGGCGCAUUAUAAUUAAUGUCCAUAGAGAGGACAGCAUGUGUGCAGAGUUGCAGCUGGAUGAGAGCCUUAGCCUGUUAGCUGCAUUGAUUUGCUGGAGCCAAUUGUCGUAGGAGGCUAGUGGUCCAUUGGUACACAGCUGGUGCCCUGGACUGAGACAGGCGUGAGCAGCUGCCCACUGGGUCGGACUCUGAACUGUGAGUGAAUAUCAUGAUGGAGUCUGAUAAACACUGAGACACUGGCAGAUACUCACACACACUGGGGGACUGUGAUAUGCUGAGAAACAGAGAAAUAUGAAAACAAAAAAAGACAGCCACAAACAGGGAUACAGAGAAACAUACCCAGGUUAUUCAAUGCUAGGGAGUACUAAUAAUACAGUAACAACAGCAACAUCAACAAACAACUUCUUUGUUUCUUUCUGUGUCUUUUUCUUUCUUUCUUUCUUUCUUUUUCUUUCUUUCUUUCUUUCUUUCUUUCUUUCUUUCUUUCUUUCUUUCUUUCUUUCUUUCUUUCUUUCUUUCUUUCUUUUCCAUUCAGUCUAUGCAGGAGCCUUUCAAGGGUAAAUCCCUCCACUAAUUAAAUAUGCAAAAUCUACCCCACUUUCAGCUCCAGCUAAUGUCCGUAAAACUACUUCUAAAGCUGGUCUGCCUUCCUCUGCUAUAGAAGGCUUGUGUGUUUAUGUCUCUUUCUUUCAGUCUUUCACACACUCGCACACGCACACACACACACACACACAAACACACACACAGUGUUAUGUCCUCAUUUGCAUGUGCUUAGCUUUAGAAUAAACACUUGAAAAUACAUAUGCAUCAUAUCAUUUAUGCAACUUUGUACUGAGAACCUCUUCUACACUGGGCUGUGGUUACACAAUAUGGCAGCUCAGAGAAACCUCAGAGAACCCUCAGAGAAACCUCAGAGAACCCUCAGUGUGUUAUGAUGAUGUUCAAGCUUGGCUCAUUGAUUUAUCCCAUCUCAGAUGUUGUGCCCAUUUUUCAAUUUCAAUUUUUAAAUACCAGUUUUGGCCAGUGGUUCACUUACUCUCUCCCCAGCUCCAACCCCCACCAUGGGAUCAGAGCAUCCCUUUCUGUGUGCCAGUUGAUGGGCAUAGUCUCUGUCCUGUUCCUCCGUGCCAGUGUGGUGAAGCUCUGCUGUGAGUCAGGAUUACAGUAAUAUACAGUAUAACCAUUGCUUGUUUUAAUGGGGGAUGGGUCAUGUUUUUACCCACCGAGGCCAGGGGUCUGUCAUGAUGCUGUCUGCAUCUAGAACAAACCUGGAUCAUUCUCAACAAUCCACACACAAUCACAACAACCAUGUCAUGUUCAAUUAUGCAAAAAAAUGCGGUGGCAGUUAUCCAUAUAGCAUAAUUUGUUUAUACUUUGAUAAAUAGCUAAAGAUAUUCCUACCAGCCCACAUAAAAAAAUACUAUGGUCUAAAUCCCUCAAACUCAACUCUGGACCUCGAAGCCAGUUCCACUGCAUUUUUUCUCUACUCAGGGACUGAUUUAGACCUGGGACACCAGGUGGGUGCAAUUCAUUAUCAGGUUGAACAGAAAACCAGCAGGCUCCGGAACCCGUAGGGUAAGAGUUGAAUACCGCUGGUCUAAAUACUGUAGUAUUACUAUAUUUAUAUACAGUUGAAGUCGGAAGUUUACAUACACCUUAGCCAAAUACAUUUAAACUCAGUUUUUCACAAUUCCUGACAUUUAAUCCUGGUAAAUAUUCCCUGUCUUAGGUCAGAAAGGAUCACCACUUUAUUUUAAGAAUGUGAAAUGUCAGAAUAAUAGUAGAGAGAAUUAUUUAUUUCAGCUUUUAUUUCUUUCAUCACAUUCCCAGUGGGUCAGAAUGUCACGUUUGUUGUAUAAAGGAUCGGACCAAGGUGCAGCGUGGUAUGCGUACAUAGUCGUUUAUUUUAAUAAACACAGACAAAAUAACAAAAUCCAACAGAACGUGAAGUUCAAGAGGCUUAACAUCAAACAAGCCAAAACAGAAACAAGAUCCCACAACUAAGGUAGGCAACAUGGCUGCCUAAGUAUGAUCCCCAAUCAGAGACAAUGACCGACAGCUGCCUCUGAUUGGGAAGCACACCCGGCCAACAUAUAAAUAUAUAAAUUAGAUUUCACACCCUGACCAACUCAACUAGAGAUCUCAAUGUCAGGGCGUGACAGUACCCCCCCCGACUCAUUAAAACCUGACUCAUUAGGGGAGGGUCCGGGUGGGCAUCUAGCCUCGGUGGCGGCUCCGGCUCCAGCUUCGGACGUGACGUAGGCAGUAAACUCUUCUCCCAUCCUGCCUCCCCUUUGCAUGCCCGGUCCAGUCUGGACCCCGGCGUGAUGCUCCCCCUCUCAGUCCUCCCACAAUGCACCAAUCCCUGUCUGGACCCUGGUGUGGGAGCCCUCAACCCUGGAGAGGGGCUGACGUCUGGUCCCGGCCCAGCAGUCCUCCCACGAUGCACCAAGUCCUGUCUGGACCCUGGUGUGGGAGCCCUCAACCCUGGAGAGGGGCUGACGUCUGGUCCCGGCCCAGCAGUCCUCCCACGAUGCACCAAGUCCUGUCUGGACCCUGAUGUGGGAGCCCUCGACCCUGGAGAGGGGCUGACGUCUGGUUCCGGCCCAGCAGUCCUCCCGCGAUGCACCAAGUCCUGUCUGGACCCUGGUGUGGGAGACCCCGACCCUGGAGAGGGGUUGAUGUCUGUACUGGAGUGGAGCAGCUGAUCGUCGCUGGAGGUCGGGUGCGUGGCGCUGGAACGGGCCGUACCGCCCUGGGGACACGCACCACUGGUUUGGUGCGAGGAGCAGGGACGGGCCGUACCAGACUGGAGACACGCACCACUGGUUUGGUGCGAGGAGCAGGAACGGGCCGUACCGGACUGGAGACACGCACCACUGGUUUGGUGCGAGGAGCAGGAACGGGCCUUACCAGGCUGGGGACACGCACCACUGGUUUGGUGCGAGGAGCAGGUACGGGCCGUACCGGACUAGAGACACGCAACACUGGUUUGGUGCGAGGAGCAGGUACGGGCCUUACCGGACUGUGAAGGAGCACUGGCGGCACAGUGCGUAAAGCCGGCGCAUAGCCUGGUGCCUGCAUGGUCACACGCUCCUCAAAGCGAGUACGGGGAGUUGGCUCUGCUAAACCUGGCUCCGCCAGCCUCUGCUCUAAGGAUCGAGCUCUCUGCUGCUGGAGAGUUAACUCCUCUCUCAGCUCCUCCUGUUGCCUGGCCAGCUCCUCUCUCCGUGCAUCCACUGACUCCUUCUCCCUGUGGGCCUCCUGCAGCGCCUCCUUCUGAACUAACAGCUCCCGUAAGGCAGUGGUCUCCUCUCUCAGAGUACUGAGCUGCAGGUCUUGAAGGGCAUCUAUCAUAGCGGCUUCUUCUAUCGCUAUCUCCCUCUCCACAAUCAGCCCUUCCAGGGCCUCCUGCUGCCUCUCGGGCUUCCUUCGUGAUCGGGACCUUUUGAGUCGCCGUUUUUUCUCUCCUGCCUGGGCUUCUUACUUCGCCCAGGGUCCCUUACCGGCCAAAAUCUCCUCCCAUGUCCAGAAUGUUUUUCCCACCUGUGUCCAGCAUGUCUGCUCCUCCUGGCCACGCUGCUUGGUCCGUUGGUGGUGGGAUCUUCUGUCACAUUCAUUGUAUAAAGGAUCUGAUCAAGGUGCAGCGUGGUAUGCGUACAUAGUCGUUUAUUUUAAUAAACACCGACAAAAUAACAAAAUCCAACAGAACGUGAAGUUCAAGAGGCUAAACAUCAAACAAGCCAAAACAGAAACAGAAACAAGAUCCCACAACUAAGGUAGGCGACAUGGCUGCCUAAGUAUGAUCCCCAAUCAGAGACAACGACCCACAGCUGCCUCUGAUUGGGAACCACACCCGGCCAACAUAGAAAUAUAUAAAUUAGAUUUCACACCCUGACCAACUCAACUAGAGAUCUCAAUGUCAGGGCGUGACACAGAAGUUUACAUACACUCAAUUAGUAUUUGGUAGCAUUGCCUUUAAAUUGUUUAACUUGGGUCAAUCGUUUCGGGUAGCCUUCCACAAGCUUCCCACAAUAAGUUGGAGAGUUGGUGGCCUCCUUGCUUGCACGCUUUUUCAGUUCUGACCACACAUUUUCUAUAGGAUUGAGGUCAGGGCUUUGUGAUGGCCACUCCAAUACCUUGACUUUGUUGUCCUUAAGCCAUUUUGCCACAACUUUGGAAGAAUGCUUGGGGUCAUUGUUCAUUUGGAAGACCCAUUUGCGACUAAGCUUUAACUUCCUGACUGAUGUCUUGAGAUGUUGCUUCAAUAAAUCCACAUAAUUUUCCUUCCUCAUGAUGCCAUCUAUUUUGUGAAGUGCACCAGUCCCUCCUGCAGCAAAGCACCCCCACAGCAUGAUGCUGCCACCCCAGUGCUUCACGGUUGGGAUGGUGUUCUUUCGGCUUGCAAGCGUCCAACCUUUUUCCUCCAAACAUAACGAUGGUCAAUAUGGCCAAACAGUUCUAUUUUUGCUUCAUCAGACCAGAGGACAUUUCUCCAAACAGUACGAUCUUUGUCCCCAUGUGCAGUUGCAAACUGUAGUCUGGCUUUUUUAUGGCGGUUUUGGAGCAGUGGCUUCUUCCUUGCUGAGCAGCCUUUCAGGAUAUGUCGAUAUAUGACUAGUUUUACUGUGGAUAUAAAUACUUUUGUACCUGUUUCCUCCAGCAUCUUCACAAGGUCCUUUGCUGUUGUUCUGGGAUUGAUUUGCACUUUUUGCAACAAAGUAUGUUAAUCUCUAGGAGACAGUCUCCUUCCUGAGCGGUAUGACGGCUGCGUGUUCCCAUGGUGUUUAUACUUACAUACUAUUGUUUGUACAGAUGAAUGUGGUACCUUCAGGCAUUUGGAAAUUUCUCCCAAGGAUGAACCAUACUUCUUUCUGAGGUCUUGGCUGAUUUCUUUUGAUUUUCCCAUGAUGUCAAGCAAAGAGAAACUGAGUUUGAGGGUAGGCCUUGAAAUACAUCCACUGGUACACCUCCAAUUGACUGAAAUGAUGUAAAUUAGUCUAUCAGAAGCUUCUAAAGCCAUGACAUCAUUUUCUGGGAUUUUCCAAGCUGUUUAAAGGCACAGUCAACUUAGUGUAUGUAAACUUCUGACCCACUGGAAUUGUGAUACAGUGAAUUAUAAGUGAAAUAAUCUGUCUGUAAACAAUUGUUGGAAAAAUUCCUUGUGUCAUGCACAAAGUAGAUGUCCUAACCGACUUGCCAAAACUAUAGUUUGUUAACAAGACAUUUGUGGAGUGGUUGAAAAACAAGUUUUAAUGACUCCAACCUAAGUGUAUGUAAACUUCUGACUUCAACGGUAUUAUAGUAUUCACUUUAGUGUUUUUGUGGACUUUACUGUAGUAUUCACUGUAGUGUUUUCGGGGAGAUGACAGUAGUAUACUAUAGUAUUCACUGUAGUAUUUUAGCUGUUUUUCAUGGUUUGGGCUAGGCCCCUUGGUUCCAGUGAAGGGAAAUCUUAACGCUACAGCAUACAAUUACAAUCUAGACGAUUCUGUGCUUCCAACUUUGUGGCAACAGUUUGGGGAAGGCCCUUUCCUGUUUCAGCAUGACAAUUCCCAUGUAAACAAAGCGAGGUCCAUACAGAAAUGGUUUGUUGAGAUCGGUGUGGAAAACUUGGCCUAAUUGCCAAACAUCAGUGCCCGGGCUCACUAAUGCUCUUGUGGCUGAAUGGAAGCAAGUCCCCGCAGAAAUGUUCCAACAUCUAGUGGAAAGCCUUCCCAGAAGAGUGGAGGCUGUUAUAGCAGCAAAGGGGGGACUAACUCCAUAUUAAUGCCCAAGGGCUAGGGGUGACUAUUUAACAGUCUGAUGGUCUGGAGAUUGAAGCUGUUUUUCAGUCUCUCGGUCCCAGGUUUGAUUAAACAGUACUGUCUCCGCCUUCUAGAUGAGAGCGAGGUGAAGAGGCCGUGGCUCAGGUGGCUGAGGUCCUUGAUGAUCUUCUUGGCCUUCCUGUGACACCGGGUGCUGUAGAUGUCUUGGAGAGCAGGCAGUGUGCCCCCGGUGAUGCGUUGGGCUGACUGCACCACCCUCUGGAGAGCCCUGCGAUUGUAGACGGUACAAUUGCAGUGCCAGGUAUUGAUACAGCCCGACAGGAUGCUCCCAAUGGUGCAUCUGUAGAAGUUUGUGAGGGUCUUAGGGGCCAAGCUGAAUUUCUUCAGCCUCAUGAGGUUGAAGACACAAUGUUGCGCCUUUUUCACAACACUGUCUGUGUGGAUGGACCAUUUCAGUUUGUCAGUGAUGUGCACACCGAGGAACUUGAAGCUUUUCACCCUCUCCACUGCAGCCCUGUCAAUGUGGAUGGGGGCGUGCUCUCUCUGCUGUCUCCUGAAGUCCGCAAUCAGCUCCUUCAUUUUGCUGACGUUGAGGGAGCGGUUAUUGUCCUGGCACCACUCCAGGGCCCUCACCUCCUCCCUGUAGGCUGUCUCGUCGUUGAUGGUAAUCAGGCCUACCACUCUUGUGUCAUCAGCAAACUUGAUGAUUGAGUUGGAGAAGUGGGUGGUCACGCGUUCACGGGUGAAAAGGGAGUACUGGAUGGGGCUGAGCACACACCCUUGUGGGGCCCGUGUUGAGGAUCAGCAUGGUGGAGGUGUUGUUGCCUACCUUCACCACGUGGGGUCGGUGGCACAAUUAGGGGUUCAGACCCAGGGCCCCGAGCUUACUGAUGAGCUUGGAGGGCACUAUGGUGUUGAAGGCUGAGCUGUAGUCGAUUAACAGCAUUCUUACAUAGGUAUUCCUCUUGUCCAGGUGGGAUAGGGCAGUGUGCAGUGCGAUGGCAAUUGCAUCAUCCAUGGAUCUGUUGGGGCGGUACGCAAAUUGUUGUGGGUCUAGGGUAUCGGGUAAGGUGGAGGUGAUAUGGUACUUAACUAGCCUCUCAAAGCACUUCAUGAUGACAAAAGUGAGUUCAACGGGGCAAUAGUCAUUUAUUUAGCUCAGUUACAGUGCAUUCAGAAAGUAUUCAAACCCCUUGACUUUUUCCACAUUCUGUUACGUUACAGCCUUAUUCUAAAAUUGAUUAAAUUAAUUGUUUUCCUCAUCAAUCUACACACAAUACCCCAUAAUGACAAAGCGAAAACAGGGUUUAAGAAAUGUUUUCAAAUGUAUAAAAAAAUUAAAACAGAAAUACCUUAUUUACAUAAGUAUUCAGACCCUUUGCUAUGAGACUCGAAAUUGAGCUCAGGUGCAUCCUGUUUCCAUUGAUCAUCCUUGAGAUGUUUCUACAACUUGAUUGGAGUCCACCUGUGGUAAAUUCAAUUGAUUGGACAUGAUUUGGAAAGGCACACACCUGUCUAUAUAAGGUCUCACAGUUGACAGUGUAUGUCAGAGCAAAAACCAAGCCAUGAGGUCGAAGGAAAUGUCCGUAGAGCUCCGAGACAGGAUUGUGUUGAGGCACUGAUCUGGGGAAGGGUACCCAAAAAAUUCUGCAGCAUUGAAAGUCCCCAAGAACACAGUGGCAUCCAUCAUUCUUAAAUGGAAGAAGUUUGGAACCAUCAAGACUCUUCCUAGAGCUGGCCGCCCGGCCAAACUGAGCAAUUGGGGAAGAAGGGCCUUGGUCAGGGAGGUGACCAAGAACCCAAUGGUCACUCUGACAGAGCUCCAGAGUUCCUCUGUGGAGAUGGGAGAACCUUCCAGAUGGACAACCAUCUCUGCAGCACUCCACCAAUCAGGCCUUUAUGGUAGAGUGGCUAGACGGAAGCUACUCCUCAGUAAAAGGCACGACAGCCCGCUUGGAGUUUGCCAAAAGGCAGCUAAAGGACUCUCAGACCAUGAGAAACAAGAUUCUCUGGUCUGAUGAAACCAAUAUUGAACUAUUUGGUCUGAAUGCCAAGCGUCACGUCUGGAGGAAACCUGGCACCAUCCCUACGGUGAAGCAUGGUGGUGGCAGAAUCAUGGUGUGGGGAUGGUUUUCAGCGGCAGGGACUGGGAUCAAGGGAAAGCUGAACGGAGCUAAGUAGAGUGAGAUCCUUGUUGAAAACCUGCUCCAGAGCGCUCAGGGCCUCAGACUGGGGCGAAGGCUAAUCUUCCAACAGGACAACGAUCCUAAGCACACAGCCAAGACAACGCAGAAGUGGCUUCGGGACAAGUCUCUGAAUGUCCUUGAGUGGCCCAGCCAGAGCCUGGACUUGAACCCGAUUGAACAUCUCUGGAGAGACCUGAAAAUAGCUGUUCAGCGAUGCUCCCCAUCCAACCUGACAGAGCUUGAGAGGAUCUGCAGAGAAGAAUGGGAGAAACUCCCCAAAUACAGGUGUGCCAAGUUUGUAGCGUCAUACCCAAGAAGACUCAAGGCUGUAAUCACUGCCAAAGGUGUUUCAACAAAGUACUGAGUAAAGGGUCUGAAUACUUAUAUAAAUGUGAUAUUACUGUUUUUAAUUUUUUAUGAAUUUGAAAAAACCUGUUAUUCCUUUGUUGUUAUGGGGUAUUGUGUGUUGAUUGAUGAGGGGAAAAAAACAAUUUAAUCCAUUUUAGAAUAAGGCUGUAACGUAACAAAAUGUGGAAAAAGUCAAGGGGCCUGAAUACUUUCCGAAUGCACUGUACCUUCACUUUCUUGGGUAUAGGAACAAUGGUGGAUAUCUUGAAGCAAGUGGGGGCAACAGACUGGGAUAGGGAGAGAUUGAAUAUGUCCGUAAAAACUCCAGCCAGCUGGUCUGCACAUGUUCUGAGGACGCGGAUUGGGAUGUCUGGGCCGGCAGCCUUGCGAGGGUUAACAAGCUUAAAUGUCUUACUCACUCCGGCCACAAGAGCUUACAGUCCUCAUGAGCGGCGGUGGCCCGCGUGGGUGGCCUGUGUUGGUGGCUCUGUGUUGUCCUCGAAGUGGCAAAGGUGUUUAGCUUUUCCAGGAGCGAGGCGUCAGUGUCCACAACGUGGCUGGCUUUCCAUUUAUAGUCUGUGAUUGUCUGGAGUCCCUGCCACAUACGUCUCGUGUCUGAGCCGUUGAAUUGUGACUCCACUUUGUCCCUGUGCUGUCAUAUAGCCUCUUUGAUUGCCUUACGGAGGUCAUAGCUGGUCUGUUUGUACACGUCCAUGGGGGGGAUAUACACGGCCGUGUAUAAAAAAAGAUCUUGGGAGGUCAUGCGGUCGGCAUUUGAUGGUGAGGUGUUCUAGAUCGGGAUAACAAAAGGACUUGAGUGGACAAUUCAGAAGUACAGUUUUGUUCGAGGGCAUUCGUGGCACACCUGCCCCGCAUCCACGUCACCGAGCAUGGAAUUCUGUUCAUAGAUUAAAAACCAACUGCCAGUUCCUUUUGGCUUUACCAGUAUAAAUCAUCAACAAUAAGACAUACCCAGAUAGUGGCUUGCUCUACUCAAACAAUCAUAAAUAUGCCAGGUACGAUCCUCUUUGAUUACAUUUUGCAUUUACAUUUUGCAGAUGCUCUUAUCCAGAGUGACUUACAGUUAGUGAGUGCAUACAUUUUCAUACUGGCCCCCAGUGGGAAACAAACCCACAACCCUGGCGUUGCAAGCGCCAUGCUCUACCAACUGAGCUACAGGGUGCUUGAUGAUAUGAUAUGUGACUUGAAGUCUUAAGCCACUAACUGGGUAUGUAUUGUUGGUUGUCUGAUGAUUACUGUUGAUUUAUACUGGUAAAGCCAACAGGAACUGGUUUAUUUCUGUGAGCAACCAAUUUGUGACCAUGCUGUCUUGAAUAAAUGUUUGGGGUGUGGUCAAUCUUCUGAAUGGUAUGUGUUGAGUUUGACCAUCAAUGAGUUUAUUCAUGUUGAACAAUAUUCAAGAUGUUCAUUAUGUAAAUUGCCACAGCUUUUCUGGUUUGAGGUCUAGGCAGUUUAUUUCCAAUGCCCUACAAUGUGACUGUCUUUAAGUAAAGUCAUUUGAAGUUUGAAAAUAUAUAUUGUUUAUGUAAAUGUAAAAACUGUUAUUUUCUACCAUCAGAAGUACAGUAUUGUACAACACUGUUGUGUUUCAGAACGCUAUCUUGUGGAACUAACAGAUUUAAGAAGUAAUUUGGUAAUGUGUUAUUUAUCUGUCAAAGAAGCAAAUCUAAUCCUCUAAGCUUUAAUUAACUUUGCUUGUUUGUUAUCUGCCUCUGUACUAUUUCCUUUAAUGGGCCAAGAACCUGUCUAAUGUUAAGAUGUUACAAUUGUAAUACGUUUUUUAUAUUUUUUGCUAAGGUAUUGUCUGGUCCGUUGCAUUGCUCAGAACUGUUGACCCAACUCAAUAGAUGGCCUGUCAUGAACCUGCUUAUGUUCUGGUUGAGGUGUUACCCUCAUUAAACAGUAACUGGCGUAGUCUGGUAGUUGUGCCACUUUAGCUAACCCUAGUCAGCAGGUGUUACUACAAUAUACUACAGUCAUGUCUGCUAAAACACUACAGUAAAUACUACAGUCAUGCCCGCAAAAACACUACAAUAAAUACUAUAGUAUACUAGUCAUGUCCGCAAAAACACUACAGUGACUACUGUAAAGUCCGCAGAAAACACUACAGUGAAUACUAUAUUAUAAACUGGGUGGUUCGAGCCCUGAUUGCUGAUUGGCUGAAAGCCGUGGUGUAUCAGACCGUAUACCACGGGUAUGACAAAACAUUAAUUUUUACUAUUCUAAUUUCGUUGGUAACCAGUUUAUACAGUGCCUUACAAAAGUAUUCAUCCCCCUAGGUGUUUUUCCUAUUUUGUUGCAUUACAACCUGUAAUUUAAAUUGAUUUUUAUUUGGAUUUCAUGUAAUGGACAUACACAAAAUAGUCCAAAUUGGUGAAGUGAAAUUUAAAAAAUAACUUGUUUAAAAAAAAUCUAAAAAAUGUAUAACGGAAAAGUGGUGCGUGCGUAUGUAUUCACCCCCUUUGCUAUGAAGCCCCUAAAUAAGAUCUGGUGCAACCAAUUACCUUCAGAAGUCACAUAAUUAGUUAAAUAAAGUCCACCUGUGUGCAAUCUAAGUGUCACAUGAUCUGUCACAUGAUCUCAGUAUAUAUACACCUGUUCUGAAAGUCCCCAGAGUCUGCAACACCACUAAGCAAGGGGCACCACCAAGCAAGCGGCACCAUGAAGACCAAGGAGCUCUCCAAACAGGUCAGGGACAAAGUUGUGGAGAAGUACAGAUCAGGAUUGGGUUAUAAAAAAAUAUCAGACAUUUUGAACAUCCCACGGAGCACCAUUAAAUCCUUUAUUAAAAAAUGGAAAGAAUAUGGCACCACAACAAACCUGCCAAGAGAGGGCUGCCCACCAAAACUCAUGGACCAGGCAAGGAGGGCAUUAAUCAGAGAGGCAACAAAGAGACCAAAGAUAACCCUGAAGGAGCUGCAAAGCUCCACAGCGGAGAUUGGAGUAUAUGUCCAUAGGACCACUUCAAACCGUAUACUCCACAGAGUUGGGCUUUACGGAAGAGUGACCAGAAAAAAGCCAUUGCUUAAAGAAGAAAAUAAGCAAACACGUUUGGUGUUCGCCAAAAGCCAUGUGGGAGACGCCCAAACAUAUGGAAGAAGGUACUCUGGUCAGAUUAGACUAAAAUUGAGCUUUUUGGCCAUCAAGGAAAACGCCAUGUCUGGCGCAAACCCAACACCUCUCAUCACCCCGAGAACACCAUCCCCACAGUGAAGCAUGGUGGUGGCAGCAUCAUGCUGUGGAUAUGUUUUUUAUCGCCAGGGACUGGGAAGCUGGUCAGAAUUAAAGGAAUGAUGGAUGGCGCUAAAUACAGGGAAAAUCUUGAUGGAAACCUGUUUCAGUCUUCCAGAGAUUUGAGACUGGGACGGCGGUUCACCUUCCAGCAGGACAAUGACCCUAAGCAUACUGCUAAAGCAACACUCGAGUGGUCUAAGGGGAAACAUUGAAAUGUCUUGGAAUGGCCUAGUCAAAGCCCAGACCUCAAUCCAAUUGAGAAUCUGUGGUAUGACUUAAAGAUUGCUGUACACCAGUGGAACCCAUCCAACUUGAAAGAGCUGGAGCAGUUUUGCCUUGAAGAAUGGGCAAAAAUCCCGGUGGCUAGAUGUGCCAAGCUUAUAGAGACAUACCCCAAGAGACUUGCAGCUGUAAUUGCUACAAAAGGUGGCUCUACAAAGUAUUGACUUUGGGGGGGUGAAUAGUCAUACACGCUCAAGUUUUCUGUUUUUUUGUCUUAUUUCUUGUUUGUUUCACAAGAAAAAAUAUUUUGCAUCUUCAAAGUGGUAGGCAUGUUGUGUAAAUCAAAUGAUACAAACCCCCCAAAAAUCCAUUUUAAUUCCAGGUUGUAAGGCAACAAAAUAGGAAAAAUGCCAAGGGGCGUGAAUACUUUCGCAAGCCACUGUAAUAGCAAUGAGGCACCUAAGGGGUUUGUGGUAUAUGGCCAAUAUACAGUACCACAGCUAAGGGCUGUAUCCAGUCACUUCGCAUUGCGUCGUGCAUAAGAACAGCCCAUAGCCAUGGUAUAUUGGCCAUAUACCACAUCCCCUUGUGCCUUAUUGCUUAAGUUUACUACAGUCAUGCCCACAAAAACUCUACAAGGAAUACUACAGUAUAUAAAUAGAGUAAUACUACAGUAUUUAGACCAUAGUUUACUAUAUAAUUUUUUCAUGUGGGUUAGCUGUAAAUGUGUAACAUGUUUGAUGUUUGAACUAGGACCACAAUGGAAAUAAAUCAUAAACUUGUUUUGUGUUAUGGAAAUUUCUAAAUGCAUUUGUGGUUGUAUUGUGCUUUUAAAUAGUCUAAUAAAACCAAUCAAGGGAUAUGACAGUAUGGAGUAUAGUAUUCUACAGUAUACUACAAAAUUCUAUAAUAAGUACUACACGAUCGAGGGGGAACUUCAGAGGAAACCCCCGGCAUGAGCUCCCCAAGGACAUCAUGUUCAAAUCAAAACAGCAUCGACAAAGCUAGCACCUAGUAGUAAAGCUAGCUAGCAGUCCAAUUGAUCUAAAAAUUCUAAAGUAAGCACUACAUGAUGAAGAGAUAACAGUGUGUAGUAUGAUAUUCUACAGUAUACUACACAAUUCUAUAGCAAGCAAUACACGAUCGAGGGGGAUACUACAGUUGUGUAGUAUAGUAUUCUCCAGUAUACUACAAAAUUCUAUAGAAAGUACUACACAAUCGUGUGUCGUAUAGAACUCUCCAGUAUACUACAAAACGUUCAAGUAAGUACUACACAUGGUCAAGGGAUAGUGCAGUGUGUAGUAUAGUAUUCUACAGUAUACAACAAAAGUAUAUAGUAAGCACUAGACGAUCGAGGGAGACUGCAGUGUGGAGUAUAGGAUUCUACAGUAUACUACAGUUUAUUACAGAAUUCUAUAGUAAGUACUAUAGUUUUCUAUAGUAAACUGUAAUAUGUUUUUAUGUGGGAGCACUCACAAGAAAACAAUGGAACCGAAUAGACCUUAAAUAUUUCUACACUAUGCAAACAUCUAUUGAUAUAGUAUGUCUGAUUUUGUCAAAUUAAUAUUCAUGUUCACUCUUCCACUGGAAUAAGCAGCAGUAAUUUAGUGAUUUCUCUCCCUGCUCUGUAAUGUGGAUGUCAUGCUGUGAAGCUCAAUGCAUCUUCAAAAGGAAAAGCUAAUGCCACUAAACUGGGUCGCCAACGUAAGCAAAUGAUUUUAUAAGAGAAAAGUUUGGGGGUAGAACUGGAAGGAGUACAUUAACUUAUAAUGGCUUGCCCGGGGGAUAAUUGUAUCAUUUGGUCCAGGGGGACAUGAAAGGACGUGACACAGCCUGAUGAUUAUGGUAUGUCUGCAUUCAGUAAAUAUUCUCAAAGAGCCAAUUUAUGCUUGAACCGAAAAUGUGGUCAGAGGCGCCGUAUGGAUGGUGUGACGCAAAUGCGAAGCCUCCGGAGGCACGGCAGAGGCCAAAUUGAGCACCGUACUGCAUCGCCAUACGCCUCUCAAAUUUUGUAACAGUGCGGUAGGCUCCGUAUAGCUCCGCAUUGACAUGAUUGGUUGACAUUAGGUGAGGGUGGGAGGUCCUGUAUAAACACAAACUCACUUCCUUGACAACAGCUCUGCUCAACAGCUUUGCGCUGCUACCGCAAACCGCAAGAAGUAUGAAUGCCCUGACUUCUGCAGAGGCCAUAUCAACAUAAAUGCUGCACGGCCAAUGCAGACCCCAGAUUGACGAUGCAGCGCCUUUAAGUGCUCUCUUUUCCUUGGCCUUGUUUCUUUACCUUGAACAUAUAUACUCUAGGAUCACAGCGUUCAAAGUAAAGAGCCACCAAGGAAAUGGGAAGAGAAGGACAACAUUUAAUUGGUUUACAUUUGAAUUAGUUUACUGUCAUCUGUUUAUUGCAUACUGUUAUCAUGGCUGACUAUCAGGUAUGCAAUAAUAAUAAUAUGCCAUUUAGCAGACACUUUUAUCCAAAGCGACUUACAGUCAUGCGUGCAUACAUUUUUUUGUGUAUGGGUGGUCCCGGGGAUCGAACCCACUACCCUGGCGUUACAAGCGCCGUGCUCUACCAGCUGAGCUACAGAGGACCACCUUGAAUGGUGAGGAAAAGGAAUCAAAAUGCACCCUAGACUUCUGGAUGUGGUGGAUAAUAACAUGGCUUUGUUAAUGUCCCUUUUAAUGAAGGUGUCACACCAUUAAGCAUCCCCCAGCCUGUCUGAUGGUUAGGGGUUUUCUCUAGCAUGUGAACAUAACAGCAUGCCUAAGUGUCAGGCAUUAGAACCAUUUAGAGGGAAGAUCCCCCGGGCCUUCUAAAUCCAAUGGUCAAGCUAAUGUUACUGAUUGAUAAGGAGAGCGAGAGAAAGAGAGAGAGAGAGAGAGCGUGCACGCGCGCCUUAACCAGCGCUUGUGCAUUUGUGAGACCAAUGUGAGACAUUGUAACCCAGAGCCCAUAAUUCGACUAGGAUUCUUCAUUAAGACUUUCAUAUAUGAGUCAUGAAAUAUGUAAGGUAAGGACCCACCCAGUGGUGAAGCUGUGGGGAUCAGGGGAGGGGAGGAGAGAACUAGACUAGGGUUCAUAUGGGCAUGAUGAAGGCCAGUCCCUUCAAAAAUUAUUUUUAAACUAAACAGAAUUAAAAAGAAGAAGAAAGCUAUUACUAACUUCCAUGGACACUAUUAAAUAUGUCAAUCAUGUUAAGUAGCCUAAUAAUUAACCCAUGUAUUGAUGUGAAAACAGAUUUGUAUUUAUAUGAAUGAAUUUAUUAUGUUUGUAAAAUGUGGAAAAAAACCUUUAAUAAAUAUUAUUAAAAAAUAUAUUUAACAAAGUAAAGGCCACUAUGCAAGGGGGGUAGAUUAUAUGGGGUGAGAGCUAGAGCAUGUGAUAAAAUGUGUCUUCGCAUGUGUUGGGGGGGAAGGGCAUAAUGCACUGUAACUUGUGAGUGGAGCUUGAAAACUGGAGACGGGGAGGUGCUAUGAAUGCAUUGCCUCUACAUGCUUAUGGUUGGCUGUUGUGAUGGAACCAGGUCAGGUGAACUGGGAUCUUGUGAAUGAGUCUUCCCAGCUAACAACAAAUGUUCCCACAACUUUAGAGAACGUUCCCUUAAGAGUCUCAUUAGGUCAUUAACUAAUGUUUUCAUAGGAAUGUUCCCGUGAUGUGCAAGGAUAAGUUCCAAGAGACUAUUCCCUUAUUGUGAAAUAGAACUUACCCAGAACAUGGUUGCCAUGUUCUCAGAACUUAAGAUAUUAAUGUUUUAGACACGUUUCAUGGGAACGUUGCAAGAACAUUCAUGUGCCCAGUUUUUUUGUGGGUUAGGAGAAUAUUCUAUCAAUGUCCCCCCAAACAUACAUAGAACAUGGUUGCCAUGUUCUCAGAACCUAAGAUAUUAAUGUUCUUGAAACGUUUUAUGGGAACGUUGCAAGAACAUUCAUGUGUCCAGUUUUCUGAGGAUUAGGAGAAUAUUCCAUCAACGUCCUACCAGACAUGCACAGAACACGGUCACCAUGUUCUCAGAAUAAAAGCUAUUAAUGCUCUAGACACGUUUCAUGGGAACGUUGCAAGAACAUUAAUGUGUCCAGUUUUCUGAGGGUUAGGAGAAUAUUCCAUCAACAUCACACUAAACAUACACAGAACACAGUUGCCAUGUUUAAAGAAUAUAAGAUAUUAAUGCUCUAGACACGUUUCAUGGGAACAUUGCAAGAACAUUGAUGUGUCCAGUUUUCUGAGGGUUAGGAGAAUAUUUCAUAAACGUCACACUAAACAUACACAGAACACAGUUGCCAUGUUCUCAGAAUUUAAGAUAUUAAUGUUCUAGACACGUUUCAUGGGAAUGUUGCGGGAACAUGUAUCAAUUGUCAGGACAUUCCCUGAUGGUCCCAAAUCAUUUUUUUACUAUGCAAAUGCACAAAAGCUGUGUGCAUUAAGGAAAUAGACUCCUGGCUCAAAUAGAAGCCUGUCUCUAAUAAGUACCUGUUGUGUACAGUGAUGUAAGCUAAUAAACGCCUGGGCUAUUCAUUGAAAUUUUAUGGUAGUUGUCUAAUGUUGGUGGGGCAUGUUAACCUGUUUUAUUGAUACUCCUGAAUUACUAUUAUCAAUAAAACUGUUUUUCUUGAGUGUACUUUUAACAGUGCUGAGAUUUACUUCAAAGUGCAUUCACCCUAUUGCUUAAAGCCUUACACCUAUCAAGUUGUUUCAGGACAUGGCCUAACAAUACUGGCCCAAUAAGUACGUCAUAGAGAUAUCCCUUAUUGAGACAGUGGUUAGGGCCUUUGUCAUUGGUGUUGGUGUCCUGUGUUCGAGAAUUGCUAGGCCCUCAAACUCAACUCUGGAACCUCGAAGCCAGUUCCACUGCUUUCUUUUCAUUGUUCCCCUUUAAUCAGGGAUUUAGGGUGCAAUUAAGUAUCAGGUAGAACAGAAUACCAGCAUGCUCCAGACCUUGUAGGGUAAGAGUUGAAUACCCCAGGGAACUAAUUAGUAGGAACACCUUUUGUCAUGAUUGUGCUGUCGCCAGAUUGACUUUAGAUGCAGUAUAACUUUAGCCAGCUAACUAAGAUUGAGGGGACCACCGUAUUUUAGCUAGCUAACAUUAGUAUUAUUAGCAAUUUUUCAUGAACUUUGCUAGUAACAGUAAUGGCAACAUUGCCAUCCUAAUAUGGCAAAGUUGUUUCCUACUAAUUAUUUGCCUACUUUAGCAAUGUCAUCGUAUUUCCAUGCCACUCUAAGUUAGUGUAAUUUAGACAAAACAGUCACAUUAGCCUCUGUGGUGCAACCCAUGUCUAGGGCGCAAAUAAAUAUUGGAUGCAGCUAUGGUGGUACUAGCUAACUCAUGUCUGACUACAACAGUGUUCUAACUAGCAGCAACAAACUCAAACCAACCCAGGGCCAUAGCAAAACAUGUCACAGUUGGUUGCAUAGUGUAACGGCGUCACUGGCCUGAAUCUAAUCCAUUCUGGAGUCAGUCAGUCUACAUCUGUAAAGCAUAGAGUAAGCUUCCAAACAAGAUUACGUUAUUUCUCGAGCUAUGUUUAUAAUUGAGGGAUGAUGGCAAUCGUUGACCCUGUUUUUUUGUUAGACAAAGUGCACAGUUGGGUGCCAAACUGAUCCCCUGGUCAUGAACGGAUGCCGGGACCUACCAGAAGGAGCAAAGGUGGGAAUCAUAACAUUUCCAGCAAUGUGAUUACAAUGGUUUAGCGACCUCCAAAAAUGAUUUAAUUUACUGUUCACUUGCUAUUUUCACAGCUUCUCAGGCAAGACCUCAAAAUAAAAGUGUGUCAUGCGACACAAGUAUCGUUGUGACACCUCCUCCGUUGUUGGCAGUCUCCCUCAACUCAUAUGAAAAGGACAUGCCAUCAUGGCGCCUCUGAUAGUGACCCGAGUUACUGCCCUGAUGACACAGACAGCUUCAUCAACAACGACAGGUAAUGUGUGUUAUGUGAAAUGUGAAAAGGUGUAUUCAAAAUACCCGGUUUGAUAAACUAAUAGGCUAAUUCCCCAGCCAAGCAGAUACAACUAGUCGAGUCAUUUUGUUUGUGAAGUGCAUUAGCAAAAAGCUUUGUCCUUUCUUUAGACCAAAAUGCAAUUUACCACUUGGCUGUCUAUUACUGUAUAUCGCCCUGUCACAGGACCCCUCCAGUCAAUACCACCUCAUCAGAUUGCCUACUACUGUUGUUUGAGAGAUGUCCAGUUUGCAGCCGAACAUGGAGCAUAGAGAAGACCAGCAAGAGGGGCCUGAUCAGCAUCAUGCAGACAUGCCCUCGCUGUGAGCAUUAAUAUGAAUGGAACAGUCAGCCACCUGUUGGCAAGUAUCCGGCCAGCAACCUUCACCUGUCAGCGACAACAGCUUUCACAGGCUCAUCAUUUGUAUAAAUACAGAACACAGCGAUCAGGUUGGUUCUACCAGACCAUUACCACCGUUGAUAAUGUAGUCAGUGCUCUGUGUGUGUGUGUGUUUGUGUGUGACCGACCAGUAUCUUUGAUGAGGGGCCAGGAGGUGAUCUACGCUGCUAUAACCAUCAAUGGGGCCUCACCUCCAGCCUCACCUCUUGCCUGCUCACCAACGGUCGUUGAUGGGGAGAACAGAAUUAGGUAGGUUUAGUCUGACCUGUUCAAACUUCAACAGAGUAUAUGUUUGAGUGUCAGAUAUAACCUGUCCCUAACUGCCAUUGGUAAUACAACAGUGACUGUGUGUAUGUGUUCACAGAUGCAGAUAGAACUGCCACUCAACACAUCCACAAUGAGAUGAUUACUAAUAAUACAGUACAGCACAAAUGUCCAGUAAUAGCAACACCCUUUUCACUCCAUGUGUCACUGAUGAGCUCUGCCUCAAUUCUGCCUAUUUCUACAGAUGGACUGGAGAUGCUUUGGCCAGACGGCAGUCUCAGUCGUUUGAUAUAAUUGGGUAGGUUUAUCUGACCUGUUCAAACUGUGUGUCAGAUAUUACCUAUCCUAACUGCCAUUGGUAAUAGAACAGUGACUAUGUUUGUAUGUGUUCACAGAAACAUAUAUGGAGCCAGUACAUGGAAACUUGGAAGAUGAUGUGAUGAAGUCCAGACUGACAGACGGGCUUGAUACUGAUGUCUCUGAAUGGAGAGAGACCUGGCACUCGACAUUCAUAUUUUAAUAGACAACUUUUACUUGUGUGGUCUUUUUUAUUAUUCAAUUGUAUGUAUACGGGACACCACACAGGAAGGUAUGAUCACUCUGACAUGUUUGCCAGGGCAGCCCCAUUACCACCAGACAAAAUGCCGAUAGGCACAGUAUCUGUAUUGGCUGGGAAUUACAAUGAAAGGUGAAAGGUGCACAUUGUUAUAUUAGCAAUUAUAACACUCAUUAUAUAAAAAAUGUAUGUGGACACCCCUUCAAAUUAGUGAAUUCGGCUAUUUCAGCCACACCCGUUGAUGACGGGUGUAUAAAAUCUAGCACACAGCCAUGCAAUCUCCAUAGACGAACAUCGGCAGUAGAAUGGUCUUACUGAAGAGCUCAGUGACUUUCAAUGUGGCCCCGUCAUAGGAUGCCACCUUUCCAACAAAUCAGGUCAACUGUAAGUGCUGUUAUUGUGAAGUGGAAACGUCUAGGAGCAACAAUGGCUCAGUCGCGAAGUGAUAGGCCACACAAGCUCACAGAACAGGACCGCAGAGUGCUGAAGCGCGUAAUGCGUAAAAAGCAACUUCAGCACAAUAACUUUUAGUCGGGAGCUUCAUGAAAUGGGUUUCCAUGGCCGAGCAGCCGCACACAAGCCUAAUAUCACCAUGCGCAAUGCCAAGCGUCGGCUGGAGUGGUGUAAAGCUUGCCGUCAUUGGACUCUGGAGCAGUGGAAACGUGUUCUCUGGAGUGAUGAAUCACGCUUCACCAUCUGGCAGUCCGACGGACUAAUCUGGGUUUGGCGGAUGCCAGUAGAACGCCACCUGCCCCAAUGCAUAGUACCAACUGUAAAGUUUUGGGGAGGAGGAAUAAUGGUCUGGGGCUGUUUUUCAUGGUUUGGGCUAGGCCCCUUAGUUCCAAUGAUAUUCUAGACGAUUCUGUGCUUCCAACUUUGUAGCAAUAGUUUGGGAAAGGCCCUUUCCUGUUUCAGCAUGACAAUGCCCCCAUACAGAAAUGGUUUGUCGAGAUCGGUGUGGAAGAACUUGACUGGCCUGCACAGAGCCCUGACCUCAACCCCAUCGAACACCUUUGGGAUGAAUUGGAACGCUGACUGCGAGCCAGGCCUAAUCGCCCAACAUCAGUGCCUGCCUCACUAAUGCAAGUCCCCGCAGCAAUGUUCCAACAUCUAGUGGAAAGCCUUCCCAGAAGAGUGGAGGCUGAUAUAGCAUCAAAGGGGGGACCACCUCCAUAUUAAUGCCCAUGAUUUUGGAAUUAGAUGUUCGAUGAGCAGGUGUCCACAUACCUUUGGUCAUGUAGUGUAUCUGAUUAAAAAGAAUUAAAAAUAAAUAAAUUACAUGUUUGUGCUACAUGGUAUAUGUGGUGUAGAUUUCAAUAAGACGAUAGUUCUCUUUGAGAUGCUCAGCUAUAUAGAAUUAAUACAUUCUGAUAAUUUAUCAUUUAUUCUCAAGGGGAAAUUCUAUAGAAUCCCAUAUUUCAAUGAGAAACACAUUUUAAUUAGAUCAGGUAGGUGUGUUGUAACUGUUGCCAAAUAAUGACAUUAACAUAUUUUGCUAAGAAUGUGAGAGUAGGGUGAUUCCCCUAGCGGGUCUCGAAACCAGGCCACCAGCACCAAUGAGGAAGGCCCUUACCACUGUCACAGUAAGGGAUAUCUCUAGGACAUCUGCUUAUUGGGCCAGUAUAGUUAGGCCCUGUCCUGAAAACAUUUGAUAGGUAUAAGGCUGUAAGCAAUAGAGUGAAUGCACUUUAAAGUAAAUCUCAGCUCUGUUAAAAGUACACUCAAGAUAAACUUGUAUUGAUCAUAGUGAUUCAGGAGUAUCAUUAACAUGCUCCACCAACAUUAGACAACUAUACUGAAAGCCCAUAAAUUGCUGAAAUAAGUUAAUCAAAUCAAUGAUUAGAAUAGUCAGAUUAACCAAUACAUGAAACAGACAUCGUGGCGUAGAAGGAAGAUCGGUGUACCAUGAACCAAGAGGUUGAGUUCAAAUCCCAGGUGAGGACUGUUGAAUAAUAAUUACUGCAUAAAUGAACAUGCACAAUGUAAUCAUAUAUAUCAAAGUGUGUCAAAUAUCAAAGUUGAAAACUGAACCAGGUUUUCCUCUAUGAUUUUGCCUGUGCUUAGCUCUAUUCUGUUUAUUUUUAUCAUAAAAAAAACUCCCUAGUCCUUGCCGAUGACAAGCAUACCCAUAACAUGAUGCAGCCACCAACAUGCUUGAAAAUAUGAAUAGUGAUACUCAGUGAUGUGUUGUGUUGGAUUUGCCUCAAACGUAACACUUUGUAUUCAGGACAUAAAGUUAAUUUCUUAGUCAUACUUUAGUGCCGUAUUGCAAACAGGAUGCAUGAUUUGGAAUAUUUGUAUUCUGUACAGGCUUCCUUCACACUUAAUAUUGUGGAGUAACUACAAUGUUGUUGAUCCAUCCUCAGUUUUCUCCUAUCACAGCCUUUAAACUGUAACUGUUUCAAUCAUUUAGACCACAAUAGAAUGCUGCUGUAGAUUACUGGGAAUUUCUCAUUUUCUCACAAGUUUCAAACAAACAGACAUAGCUCAACAACAAAGAACAAAUGUAAAUCACAAGUUAAUUUAAUUUUAAAGAGUACAACCUCUUCUUUAAUAUGACACCACAUUCAUGUCAAUAGGAAUAACACUCAUUUUGUCUUACAUUGUGUAAAGACACUCACCAUCAAAAAACGAUUAACAUUCAACACAACAAAAAACCCUAGAGUAUUUAAAUUUGAGUAAAUAUCACUAAAUUACUCACUCAAAAUGUACCAAGAAUAAUAUAAUAUACUUCUAAAUAUUAUUUACAUACAAAUAAAAAUAUAUACUUCAAAAUGUGAUCAGAGGACAAUAUUCAGAAAGUAUUUCAAUACCCACACAAAGUAGGCUAUUUCAUUGACGAUUCUUACUUCUGCAACAAUGUAAAAAUGCAAACAACUAUUCAGAGACUAUUUCAAAAUGUAGAUAACUUCUAUCAAUAAGAUUUAGCACAGACUAGGCCUGACACAACAUUUUAAAAUAGUAGCCUACUUUGACAACAAUUCAGUGAAUUUGAUGUGGUGGUGGACAGGUUGGUGUUAAACACCAGCUCUGGAAAACAAAUACAGACCUCUACCACUUUUAAAAACAACUCCAAAACCCCUGCCACUGUCAAUCCUUUGUCGGGUUUGCUCUCCCCCUACCUCCUCCUCUCCCUCUGCUUCCUCCUCUCCCUCUUCCUCCUCCUCGCCAUGUUUCUCUCCCUCCACUCUCCUCUCCUCUUCACUCUCCUUUUCCUCUCUCCCUCCACUCUCCUCUCCCUUCACUCUCUUCUCGCUCACCUCUCCUCUCACUCGCUCCACUCCUCCCUCCUUGUUCCACAUCUCUAUCCCCCCAGUCAUCUCUAACUCCUCUUCCUCCCUGCCUUCUGCUGCUGAGCCCUGACUCUCCACAUCACUUCCCUCACUUUCGCUGACCUAGAGGAACAGAGUAACAGAGGGAGAAAGAGAGACAGAGAAGCAGAGCAACAAAUACGAUACAGUUGUGGUCAGUAACGUAAUCCCUCUCUCUCACUGUCUAUCUCUUUUCUCCUUUCCUUCUUUUUCAACCAUACACAUACAGUGCCUUGCAAAAGUAUUCAUCCCCCUUGGUGUUUUUCCUAUUUUGUUGCAUUACAACCUGUAAUUUAAAUAGAUUUUUAUUUGGAUUUCAUGUAAUGGACAUACACAAAAUAGUCCAAAUUGGUGAAGUGAAAUUUAAAAAAUAACGGAAAAGUGGUGCGUGCAUAUGUAUUCACCCCCUUUGCUAUGAAGCCCCUAAAUAAGAUCUGGUGCAACCAAUUACCGUCAGAAGUCACAUAAUUAGUUAAAUAAAGUCCACCUGUGUGCAAUCUAAGUGUCACAUGAUCAGUCACAUGAUGUCAGUAUAUAUACACCUGUUCUGAAAGGCCCCAGAGUCUGCAACACCACUAAGCAAGGGGCACCACCAAGCAAGCGGCACCAUGAAGACCAAGGAGCUCUCCAAACAGGACAGGGACAAAGUUGUGGAGAAGUACAGAUCAGGGUUGGAUUAUAAAAAAAUAUCAGAAACUUUGAACAUCCCACGGAGCACCAUUAAAUCCAGUAUAAAAAAAUUGAAAGAAUAUGGCACCAAAAUAAACCUGCCAAGAGAGGGCCGCCCACCAAAACUCACAGACCAGGCAAGGAGGGCAUUAAUCAGAGAGGCAACAAAGAGACCAAAAAUAACCCUGAAGGAGCUGCAAAGCUCCACAGCGGAGAUUGGAGUAUCUGUCCAUAGGACCACUUUAAGCCGUACACUCCACAGAGCUGGGCUUUACGGAAGAGUGGCCAGAAAAAAGCCAUUGCUUAAAGAAAAAAAUGCCAAAAGGCAUGUGGGAGACUCCCCAAACAUAUGGAAGAAGGUACUCUGGUCAGAUUACACUAAAAUUUAGCUUUUUGGCCAUCAAAGAAAACGCUAUGUCUGGCGCAAACCCAACACCUCUCAUCACCCCGAGAACGCCAUCCCCACAGUGAAGCAUGGUGGUGGCAGCAUCAUGCUGUGGGGAUGUUUUUCAUCAGCAGGGACUGGGAAACUGGUCAGAAUUGAAGGAAUGAUGGAUGGUGCUAAACACAGAGAAAUUCUUGAGAGAAACCUGUUUCAGUCUUCCAGAGAUUUGAGACUGGGACGGAGGUUCACCUUCCAGCAGGACAAUGACCCUAAGCAUACUGCUAAAGGGGGGGGGGGGGGGGGGGGGGAUAAUAGUCAUGCACGCUCAAGUUUUCAGUGUCUUUGUCUUAUUUCUUGUUUGUUUCACAAUUCUUUUUAUUUUGCAUCUUCAAAAUGGUAGGCAUGUUGUGUAAAUUAAACCCCCCAAAAAUCUAUUUUAAGUCCAGGUUGUAAGGCAACAAAAUAGGAAAAAUGCCAAGGGGGGUGAAUACUUUCGCAAGCCACUGUACUCUCUUCCUAAUAAUCACCUCUUAGGGGUAUUCUCACACACACAGUAAAUAGUAUCAUCAUGUUGCUAUACAAUCAAUCAAAAUUAUUUUAUGAAGCCCUUAGUGGCCAGAUUGUUUCUCAAUUCAUGGUGUGCAUAUGUAUGUCAGACUGAUGGAUAAUCAGACAGGAUCGAGUACACAAAAAUACGUUCGUAAAUAUGCUCAUAGAUGGGUCAGAUUAUAACCAUAAAGGCUAUAUAGGGUGCACAUACUUCAAGACCCAUGGUUAGAUUACUUUUCAUAGAUGGUAAGAAGUCAAAGUAUGUGGCACAAUGGUUUACAGAUUCAACACAUCAACUAUUGUUGAUUUAUAUAGGAUUUUGAAAGUAGAAGUUGACAAAGAUGAGACUAUGUGCAAGUUAGCCAACCUCAUCUAUUUCGAUGGGCAUAGUUAGCUGGUUGUCUUUGUAGGAAGAGAGUGAGAUGAUCAAGUGACAGCGUCGCAAGUGAUCAUGACAACGCUUAUGAAAAAAGAUUGCAAUCAGAGUGCAGUAUAACUGCAGUACACUGUAGUAUAACUGUAGUUAGAAUGCAGUAUAACUUCAGUAUGCUGCAAAUACUGCGUUCAAAAUAUCACAGUUUUUUUCCUGCAGUAAUUUUGCAGUGUAACUGCAGUUACAGUGCAGUAUAACUGCAGUUCAACUGCAGUACACUGCAGUUAUUUUGCAAUCACUGCGUCCAAAAUACGACAAUCGACUGCAGUUACUGCACUUUAACUGCAGUUUCAAAACUGCAAUCUUUUUUUGUAAGGGAGGACUUGCUAAUCUGAGCGCUAUUCCCUAAGUUUCACAAUAACAAACAUUGACAACACCAAACAUACAGUUGAAAUCGGAAGUUUACAAAUACUUAGGUUGGUGUCAUUAAAACUUGUUUUUCAACCACUCCACAAAUUUCUUGUUAACAAACUAUAGUUUUGGCAAGUCGGUUAGGACAUCUACUUUGUGCAUGACACAAGUAACUUUUCCAACAAUUGUUUACAGACAGAUUAUUUCACUUAUAAUUCACUGUAUGACAAUUCCAGUGGGUCAGAAGUUUACAUACAAUAAGUUGACUGUGCCUUUAAACAGCUUGGAAAAUUCUAGAAAAUGAUGUCAUGGCUUUAGAAGCUUCUGAUAGGCUAAUUGACAUAAUUUGAGUCAAUUGGAGGUGUACAUGUGGAUGUAUUUCAAGGCCUACCUUCAAACUCAGUGCCUCUUUGCUUGACAUCAUGGGAAAAUCAAAAGAAAUCAGCCAAGACCUCAGAAAAAAGUCUGGUUCAUCCUUGGGAGCAAUUUCCAAACGCCUGAAGGUAACAUGUUCAUUUGUACAAACAAUAGUACGCAAGUAUAAACACCAUGGGACCCCACAGCUGUCAUACCGCUCAGGAAGGAGACGGGUUCUGUCUCCUAGAGAUGAACGUACUUUGGUGCGAAAAGUGCAAAUCAAUCCCAGAACAACAGCAAAGGACCUUGUGAAGAUGCUGGAGGAAGCAGGUACAAAAGUAUCUAUAUCCACAGUAAAACAAGUCCUAUAUCGACAUAACCUGAAAGGCCGCUCAGCAAGGAAGAAGCCACUGCUCCAAAACCACCAUAAAAAAGCCAGACUACAGUUUGCAACUGCACAUGGGGACAAAGAUCGUACUUUUUGGAGAAAUGUCCUCUGGUCUGAUGAAACAAAAAUAUAACUGUUUGGCCAUAAUAACCAUCGUUAUGUUUGGAGGAAAAAGGGGGUCUUGCAAGCCGAAGAACACCAUCCCAACCGUGAAGCACGGGGGUGGCAGCAUCAUGCUGUGGGGGUGCUUUGCUGCAGGAGGGACUAGUGCACUUCACAAAAUAGAUGGCAUCAUGAGGAAGGAAAAUUAUGUGGAUAUAUUGAAGCAACAUCUCAAGACAUCAGUCAGGAAGUUAAAGCUUAGUCGCAAAUGGGUCUUCCAAAUGGACAAUGACCCCAAGCAUACUUCCAAAGUUGUGGCAAAAUGGCUUAAGGACAACAAAGUCAAGGUAUUGGAGUAGCCAUCACAAAGCCCUGACCUCAACCCUAUAGAACAUUUGUGGGCCGAACUGAAAAAGCUUGUGCGAGCAAGGAGGCCUACAAACCUGACUCAGUUACACCAGCCCUGUCAGGAGGAAUGGGCCAAAAUUCACCCAACCUAUUAUGGGAAGCUUGUGGAAGGCUACCCGUAACGUUUGACCCAAGUUAAACAAUUUAAAGGCAAUGCUACCAAAUACUAAUUGAGUGUAUGUAAACUUCUCAACCACUGGGAAUGUGAUGAAAGAAAUAAAAGCUUAAAUAAAUAAUUCUCUCUACUAUUAUUCUGACAUUUCACAUUCUUAAAAUAAAGUGGUGAUCCUAACUGACUUAAGACAGGGAAUUUUUACUAGGAUUAAAUGUCAGGAAUUGUGAAAACUGAGUUUAAAUAUAUUUGGCUAAGGUGUAUGUAAACUUUCGACUUCAACUGUAUAUCUGCUAUUUAUUAUUUCACUCACAACAUCGCUUUCAAAGUGCAAGGACGUGUCCGAAUCCGUAUCACCAAACAACAUACCUAGAUACAGCCUCUUCCACAGUGAAAAGUCGUGGCCGCUUCUGCAUCAUAAUUUUGAGUAAUGAAGUGUUUCUUUGUUUUGGGUCAAAUGACAGCAUACUCAUUUUGGGUGAUGACAACAGCCACGCGAAUAUGACAACAGAUUGUUAGCAAGUGAAUUUUGUGAUUUUGACACAGAUACACUACAUGACCAAAUAGAUCAAAUCUUAUUUGUCACAUGCUUUGUAAACAACUGAUGUAGACUAACAGUAAAAUGCUUACUUACGUGCCCUUCCCAACAAUUCAGAGAGAAAUAAACACGAGGAAUAAUAGAAAAUAUUAAUAUAAAUAAUAGAAAAAUAAUAACACAAGGAAUAAUUAUACAAUGAGUAACGAUAACUUGGCUAAAUACACAGGGUACCUGUGCUGAGUUAAUGUGCAUGGGUGCAAGCUAAUUGAGGUAGAUACACUACAUGACCAAAAGUAUGUAGACAACUGCUCGUCAAACAUCUCAUUCCAAAAUCAUGGGCAUUAAUAUGGAGUUGGUUCCCCCUUUGCUGCUAUAACAGCCUCCACUCUUCUGGGAAGGCUUUCCACUAGAUGUUGGAACAUUGCUGCGGGAGCUUGCUUCCAUUCAGCCACGAGCAUUAGUGAGGUCGGGCACUGAUGUUGGGCGAUUAGGCCUGGCUCGCAGUCAGCGUUCCAAUUCAUCCCAAAGGUGUUCGAUGGGGUUGAGAUCAGGGCUCUAUGCAGGCCAGUCAAGUUCUUCCACAUCAAUCUCGACAAAUCAUUUUUGUAUUGACCUCGCUUUGUGCACGGGGGCAUUGUCAUGCUGAAACAGGGAAGGGAUAUGACCUGUUUUUUGGACAAAAUAACAGCCGUUUCGAGUCCUUAUAUAGGAAAGGGCCUUCCCCAAACUGUUGCCACAAAGUUGGAACCACAGAAUCGUCUAGAAUGUCAUUGUAUGUUGUAGCGUUAAGAUUUCCCUUCACUGGAACUAGCUCUAAUCAUGAAAAACAGCCCCAGACCAUUAUUCCUCCUCCACCAAACUUGACAUGUCCAUGUUCCCAGUCACCUUGCCAUGGUUAAAUAUGGUGGUUCGCGCUUUCAGUUUUGCGCAAAUGCUGCCAUAUGUCCAUGGUUUUUGGUUUGGAUAAGUUCUAAUCGUCAGAGUGGGAACAACAUCCUCUAUGCACAUCCUGAUGAACCCAGUCACCGAGUCAGUGUAUACGUCAAUACUAUUCUCAGAGGCUACCUGGAACAUUUCCCAGUUCGCAUGAUCAAAACAAUCUUGAGGCAUAGAUUCCGAUUGCUCAGACCAACGUUGAACAGUCCUCACCACGGGAGCUUCCUGUUUAGGUUUCUGCCUAUAGGUGGGGAGGAGCAGAAUAGAGGCGUGAUCUGAUUUGCCGAACGGAGGGCAGGGGAGGGCCUUGUAGCCAUCACGGAAGGGAGAGUAGCAAUAAUCCAGGGUCCGUGUUGCGCAUGUGGCACAGGAGAUGUGUUGAUAGAAUUUUUGUAGCGUUUUCCUCAGAUUUCCUUUAUUAAAGUCCCCAGCUACAAUAAAUGCGGCCUCAGGAUAUGCGGUUUCCAGUUUGCACAUAGUCCAGUGUAGUUCCUUGAGAGCCGUCGCGAUGUCGGCUUGGCGGAGAAUACAGUGAGGGAAAAAAGUAUUUGUUACCCUGCUGAUUUUGUACGUUUGCCCACUGACAAAGAAAUGAUCAGUCUAUACUUUUAAUGGUAGGUUUAUUUGAACAGUGAGAGACAGAAUAACAACAAAAAAAUCCAGAAAAACGCAUGUCAAAAAUGUUAUAAUUGGAUUUGCAUUUUAAUGAGGGAGUAUUUGACCCUCUGCAAAACAUGACUUAGUACUUGGUGGCAAAACCCUUGUUGGCAAUCACAGAGGUCAGACGUUUCUUGUAGUUGGCCACCAGGUUUGCACACAUCUCAGGAGGGAUUUUGUCCCACUCCUCUUUGCAGAUCUUCUCCAAGUCAUUAAGGUUUCGAGGCUGACGUUUGGCAACUCGAACCUUCAGCUCCCUCCACAGAUUUUCUAUGGGAUUAAGGUCUGGAGACUGGCUAGGCCACUCCAGGACCUUAAUGUGCUUCUUCUUGAGCCACUCCUUUGUUGCCUUGGCCAUGUGUUUUGGGUCAUUGUCAUGCUGGAAUACCCAUCCACGACCCAUUUUCAAUGCCCUGGCUGAGGGAAGGAGGUUCUCACCCAAGAUUUGACGGUACAUGGCCCCGUCCAUCGUCCCUUUGAUGCGGUGAAGUUGUCCUGUCCCCUUAGCAGAAAAACACCCCCAAAGCAUAACGUUUCCACCUCCAUGUUUGACGGUGGGAAUGGUGUUCUUGGGGUCAUAGGCAGCAUUCCUCCUCCUCCAAACUUGGCGAGUUGAGUUGAUGCCAAAGAGCUCCAUUUUGGUCUCAUCUGACCACAACACUUUCACCCAGUUCUCCUCUGAAUCAUUCAGAUGUUCAUUGGCAAACUUCAGACAGGCCUCUAUAUGUGCUUUCUUGAGCAGGGGGACCUUGCGGGUUCUGCAGGAUUUCAGUCCUUCACGGCGUAAUGUGUUACCAAUUGUUUUCUUGGUGACUAUGGUCCCAGCUGCCUUGAGAUCAUUGACAAGAUCCUCACCGUUCUCAUGAUCAUUGCAACUCCACGAGGUGAGAUCUUGCAUGGAGCCCCAGGCCGAGGGAGAUUGACAGUUCUUUUGUGUUUCUUCCAUUUGCGAAUAAUUGCACCAACUGUUGUCACCUUCUCACCAAGCUGCUUGGCGAUGGUCUUGUAGCCCAUUCAAGCCUUGUGUAGGUCUACAAUCUUGUCCCUGACAUCCUUGGAGAGCUCUUUGGUCUUGGCCAUGGUGGAGAGUUUGGAAUCUGAUUGAUUGAUUGCUUCUGUGGACAGGUGUCUUUUAUACAGGUAACAAGCUGAGAUUAGGAGCACUCCCUUUAAGAGUGUGCUCCUAAUCUCAGCUCGUUACCUGUAUAAAAGACACCUGGGAGCCAGAAAUCUUUCUGAUUGAGAGGGGGUCAAAUACUUAUUUCCCUCAUUAAAAUGCAAAUCAAUUUAUAACAUUUUUGACAUGCAUUUUUCUGGAUUUUUUUGUUGUUAUUCUGUCUCUCACUGUUCAAAUAAACCUACCAUUAAAAUUAUAGACUGAUCAUUUCUUUGUCAGUGGGCAAACGUACAAAAUCAGCAGGGGAUCAAAUACUUUUUUCCGUCACUGUAUACACAGCAGUUAUUAUCUUGGGAGGUAAUGCGGUCUGCAUUUGAUGGUGAGGUAUUCCAGAUCGGGAGAACAAAUGGACUUGAGUUCCUGUACGUAACCACAAUCACACCAUGAGUUGUUAGUCAUGAAACAAACCCCUCCGCCUUUCUUUUUCGAGGAGAGUUCUUUCUUCCUGUCCGCGCGAUAGAUGGAGAACCCAGCUGGCUGAAUGGACGGGGACAAUAUAUCCGGAGAGAGCAAUGAUUCCAUAAAACAGAGUAUGUUAAAGUCCCUGAUGUCUCUCUGGAAGGAGAUCCUCGCCCAGAGCUCGUCUACUUCAUUGUCCAGGGACUGAAUGUUAGUGAGUAAUAUACUCAGGCACCUCGCCUGAGUCUGACUAUGGGCCCAACUCCUUCUACCUCUUCUCCUGCAUCUGAGUUUUGGUGCAGCCCCCGGGAUGAAUAGAGCUGCCUCGGGAAGUUCAAACAAAGGAUCCAGGCGAGGGAAAUCAAAUUUAUUCUAACAUUUCUGGUGAGUGACUACCAAUCUAAUAUCCAAAAGUUAUUUCCGGCUGUAGGUAAUAAUACAAGAAAGGUUCUUGUAUUAAGAAAUAACAAAAAAUAUAGAUACUGAACAAAAAUAUAAACGCAACAUGCAACAAUUUCAAAGAUUUUACAGUUCAUAUAAGAAAAUCAGUCAUUUACAUGAAUUCAUUAUGCCCUAAUCAAUGGAUUUCACAUGACUGGGCAAGGGCGCAGCCAUGGGUGGGCCUGGGAUGGCACCCACUGGGGAGCCAGGCCCAGCAAAUCAGAAUUAUUUUUUCCCCACAAAAAGGCUUUAUUACAGACAGAAAUGCUAGUUCUGGGUAUGUUAUGUUUGACAUUGAGGCAAUGUUCUCCUGACUAACGCCAAAACACACUAAAAAGGUUCUCCGAAUGUUUUUGUUAACAUAGAUAGAAAGUGCCCCUUACUAACGGAAAACUGGACACUCAAACAUUAUGGGAACAUUAUGGGUAACAUUACAAAACUUGUGUCUCUCCCUUGAUUUGCUAGCUGGGUUAGUUGGGGUUCUCAUGUGGAAGAACAGUUGAGAUUACUGGUGGCUCUGGGAGAGGAGAAGAGAAGGGGAGAUUAUGGUAUUGGUUGACUGUGCAGCCGCCUGUUUGUCCUGCUGGCUAAUAAAGGGUGCUAACCCCGCUGUACCAAUCCUCUUACCUGCAACCCUAUGUAAUCCUCACCACAUAGCACAGCACACAACAACAACAGCAACCAAGACUGGAGCAUGAACGCCUCCAGAAAAACCAUAGUACUUAGUCAGCUCUGGUGAAAUGCGUAAAUUUCCAUCAGGAGCACUCAUGGUUUGGUUAGUGCUCAGAUCAUGUGACUAUGGGGUUGUACAUAGUCUACAAAACUCCAGUGACUCACAAACAGGGAUUUUUUUUAUUUCUACAAAGGCUCAUUUUAAUCAAUGAUUGCUGAAUCAUUGUUGUUUUCCCUUUUUGAUCCGUAUUAGUAAUUCAAUGACUCCCCCUAUGCUCUUUCUCUGAUUGCUCGUGAUGUAUAAAUCAAUGAGGGGGAACGGAUGUUUAUCUCUAAUUCAUGUAACCGUUUUCAUUACUAAUUCAGCCUCUGGCGCAGUUUGAAAUAGCAGAGGCCCAACAGUAUUUCAUAAUAUCUUCAGGAACGGCAGCACAAGAAAAAUCCACAAUCUCAUCCUCUGUAGCAAUCUUUCAGUUGGUGUUGCAUAUUUCUUCAUGUUGGUCCUUGAUAUGACAGAAGAUACUGUAAGGAGACUUACAUACUGUUCCUGUCUCAGGGUCUUGCAUCAGAAUACAAUGAAUACCAUCCCCAUCUCACACUGUCACAGGGAAAUUUAAACUGUAGGUCAGAUGGACUCCAUUUGGGCUCUGAUCCAUGAAGCAGGAAGCUGGCUGUGGGGUCAGGGGUCAUGUGGUCAGGUGUUGACAGAGAGACAGAAAGAGGCUGAAAUAACAGUCCAGUUAUACCAGCCGUGUGUGUGUGUAUAUGCGUGUGUCUGCUGCUGGUGCAGUCCCAGUAACCUCUCCCCUCUUGUAGAUUAGUCAGACUUUAAGCUGUACUAUGUUGUCAGACUAUUUUCGCAUGACAAAUUAUGAAAUGUUCUCUGCUACAUGUUUAUUGGCAAAGUGAUGGCAAUUUAAUGUGCACAUUGUUAAUUUGUUUUUGUCGUCAGCUUUUACUGGAAAGACUAUUCAUAUGCUGCCGCGUAACCUGAGGCAGAAACAGAGGGAAGGUGUGGAAUUUCACCGGGUAGGGUGUGUGUGUGUGUUAGGGGGAGAGAAUGCAAGGCUUGUGCUACAGUACUCAGAUUUUAUCUAUAUCCUGCUCAGUCACCAUUAACCAUACCCCCCUCCCCCCCGCCCCCACCACACACACACUCUCCUUAGACUCAUCCUGACGUGGGUCACCUGACUCACCUGUUGGCCAGCGUCACUCUGAUGUAAGAAUAGCUGGAAGGAAAGAUGAAUCCAAGGAAAGAUUAAUCCUGAUUGCGUUAGAUGUGGGCUGACUUUGUUUUGUUGAUUCCUUGAAUUGACUAGCCUUCUGUCUCCAACUCCCACACUCCAACUAUCUCCACCUCAUGAUGGAGGUCUGGUUUCUGUAACUUUUCUGUCUCUGUUUCUCCUUAUCAACCACAGCCCUCCUCCCACACCACCCUUUUUACUUUCUGCACUCCUCUUAGACAGAAAAUACCAUGCAUGUUGAAUCAGCAACGAACCACUACGUUUUUUCUCCUCCCUUAUUUUUGCUUUUCGCAAUGUCUCUGUUUUCUGUCUUUGUACUUUUCAUUAGUGUACUCUCUCCUAAUUUCUGUUUUAUUGGUCUCUCUAUCUCCUCACUCUUUUGUUCUCUCUGCCAUGGUCUGUUGAACGGGCUUGAUUGAGCCUGUAGCUGGUCUGUGCGUGCAGCAUAGCUGGCAUUCAUGUGUGGUCCCAGUAUUUGACAAAUACUGUUUAUGGGAUCAGAGAUGGAGUUGAUAAUGGGCAAAGUAAUUACCUCUUGUUGAAUGCUACAUCUGUCUGAUUUCACACAGCAGCACAGAGAAUGUUACCCUGGUCAAUACACAUUUUUCCCAUAAGGUCAUGUCAUGUUGUUUUUGUUGAAAUUUCUGCUAUUGAAAUCUAUAAAACAUUCAAACUUGUAUCUAUUUGGGUCAGCCACAACAGAGUUGUAUAAACAGACAAUAUUUGUAGAGUUGUGCAACUCUGUGAUGUGCAUUACUAUUAAAAAUAGUAACGCAUGGCUCUUAAAUAUUGAAGCUGUGUUAGAGUGAGCUCUUGGCAGUGUCCGCUGAAUAUUUCAUAAAUAGUUGUCAACCUGUUUUCUUGGGUAUUAUCAUGCCCUGUGAAUGUGGGACAGGAUGCCACUUUGAGCCACUUCCUGUUUGAUAAAGGAGAGAACACUAGAGCCAUAAGAGCCGGGAGGAAACCCCACCAGAGGAGAGGAGAAAGACAGAUUAGGAGAGGUACAGAGUGAGUGAGUGAGUGAGUGAGUGAGUGAGUGAGUGAGUGAGUGAGUGAGUGAGUGAGUGAGUGAGUGAGUGAGUGAGUGAGUGAGUGAGUGAGUGAGUGAGUGAGUGAGUGAGUGAGUGAGAGGAGAGAGAGAGAGAGAGAGAGAGAGAGAGAGAGAAUGAAUGAAUGAAAAAAAGAAAGAAAGUUAGGAAGAUGCAGAGAAAAAGGAUUAAAAGCUGAGACUGACUGGGUGAGAAAAAGGAAAGUAGAUGUCUGAGAGCUAGAGGGCAGAGGAGAUAAUGAAACUGAGGGAAUUGUUAGAGCAAUAGCAGACAGUCAGAAACGGAAGGGAAACGGCGGCUAAGAAGGAGCAAAAGAAGACACUGUGUUAUGGAAUUGAUGAAAUUACAUCAAAACAUGUAUUUCCUGUUGUUGAAAUAGGUCAGGGGAGCCUAGAGACGGUACCUGUCAAUGAUGUGCCCAAUCAGUCACAGAGAGGAAGAGAGGGAUGGGGGAGAAAGAUGAUAGAGAUGAUAAAGGCAGGCAGAUUGAGAGAAAAAAAGCCCAAACAAGACAGAAAGACAGAGAUAGCGUAGGGAUAGCAUUAGAUCCAAGGCCUUGUUUUGUCUGGAAGAUAAUCAGAAGCUGAUGAGAGGGGGUGGGGCUCAUGGGAACAAGCCGGAACCACAGCUUCAAAAAACCCUUUCAUCUGCAUGUGAUUUGGUGCUACCUAAAAGAAUUAGGUUGUUAUCCCUUUGAGAUGGGGAGUACCUUGCACAGAGGGUGGAUCUCAUUCUCAACCACAAACCUCAUGUGAAUGAAACCCUGCACCUGCUGAUGUAUUGAUCAGGGAUUGAUUACGUUUCUGGGUUGACUCAGUGAUCUACAUGACAGUGAUGGGGAAAGCUACACUUUUCUGUUCCAUUUUUCCCUCUCUCUUUCUUUAUCUUUCUCUGUUCAUUCUCCGCCACCCCUCCCUAAGAGAUGAAACAGUUCCUCACCACUCAUUGUCAGUUCUACAAUCUUUGUAAGAACUUGUGACAAUCAAGAGUUUUCUUUUGGGCGGCAGGUAGCCCAGCGGUUAGAGCGUUGGGCCAGUAACUGAAGAUCGCUGGUUUGAAUUCCUGUGCUGAUAAGGUGAAAAAUCUGUCAAUUUGCCCUUGAGCAAGGCACUUAACCCUAAUUUGCUCCAGGGGCGGCGUACUACUAUGGCUGAUCUGUAAAACAACACAUUUCACUGCACCUAUCCGGUGUAUGUGGCUACCAGUACCAGUCAAAAGUUUGGACACACCUACUCAUUCCAGUGUUUUUCUUUAUUUUGGCUAUUUUCUACGUUGUAGAAUAAUAGUGAAGACAUCAAAACUAUGAAAUAACACAAAUGGAAUCAUGUAGUAACCAAAAAUGUGUUAAACAAAUCAAAAUAUAUUUUAUAUUUGAGAUUCUUCAAAGUAGCCACCCUUUGCCUUGAUGACAGCUUUGCACACCCAACCCAAUUGAGAUGGUUUGGGAUGAGUCUGACUGCAGAGUGAAGGAAAAGCAGCCAACAAGUGCUCAGCAUAUGUGGGAACUCCUUCAAGACUGUUGGAAAAGCAUUCCAGGUGAAGCUGGUUGAGAGAAUGCCAAGAGUGUGCAAAGCUGUCAUCAAGGCAAAGGGUGGCUAUUCGAAGAAUCUCAAAUGUAAAAUAUGUUUUGAUUUGUUUAACACUUUUUUGGUUACUACAUGAUUCCACAUGUGUUAUUUCAUAGUUUUGAUGUCUUCACUAUUAUUUUACAAUGUAAAAAAUAGUAAAAAUAAAGAAAAACACUUGAAUGAGUAGGUGUGUCCAAACUUUUGACUGGUAGUGUGUAUAUACACUACAUUACCAAAAGUAUAUGGACACCUGCUCAUCGAACAUCUCAUUCCAAAAUCAUGAGCAUUAAUAUUGAGUUGGUCCCCCCUUUGCUGCUACAACAGCCUCCACUCUUCUGGGAAGUCUUUCCACUAGAUGUUGGAACAUUGCUGCGGGGACUUGCUUCCAUACAGCCACAAGACCUUUAGUGAGGUUGGGCGAUUAAGCCUGACUCACAGUCGGCGUUCCAAUUCAUCCCAAAGGUGUUCGUUGGGGUUGAGGUCAGGGGUCUGUGCAGAUCAGUCAAGUUCUUCCACACCGAUCUCGAAAAACAAUUUCUGUAUGGGCCUCGCUUUGUGCACAGGGGCAUGUUGCCACAAAAUUGUUGCCACAAAAUUGGAAGCACAGAAUCGUCUAGAAUGUCAUUGUAUGCCGUAGUGUUAAGAUUUCCCUUCAUCUGGAACUAUGGGGCCUAGCCCAAACCAUGAAAAACAGCCCCAAACCAUUAUUCCUCCUCCAUCAAACUUUACAGUUGGCACUAUGCAUUCGGGCAGGUAGCAUUCUCCUGGCAUCCGCCAAACCCAGAUUCGUACAUCGGACUGCCAGAUGGUGAAGCGUGAUUCAUCACUCCAGAGAACGUGUUUCCAAUGCUCCAGAGUCCAAUGGCGGUGAGCUUUAUACCACUCCAGCUGACGCUUGACAUUGCACGUGGUGAUCUUAGGCCAUUUCAUGAAGCUCCCGAUGAACAGUUAUUAUGCUGACGUUGCUUCCAGAGGCAGUUUGGAACUCAGUAGUGAGUGUUGCAAACAAUGACAGAUUAUUUUUACGCGCUACGCGCCUUAGCACUCGGUGGUCCCGUUCUGUGACCUUGUGUGGCCUACCCUUUCGCGGCUAAGCCGAUGUUGCUCGUAAACGUUUCCUCUUCACAAUAACAGCACUUACAGUUGACCUGGGCAGCUCUAGCAGGGCAGAAAAUUGACGGACUGACUUGUUGGAAAGGUGGCAUCCAAUGACGGUGCCACGUUGAAAGUCACUGAGCUCUUCAGUAAGGCCAUUCUACUGCCAAUGUUUGUCUAUGGAGAUUGCAUUGCUGUGUGCUCGAUUUUAUACACCUGUCAGCAACGGGUGUGGCUGAAAUAGCCAAAUCCACAAAAUGGAUUCUUUGCCUGUCCCCAUAGGAUAACCUUUUUGUGUUCCAGGUAGAACUAUUUGUAGUUCCAUGUAGGAUCCUCUGUGGAAAGUGUUCUACAUGGAACCUAAAAGAGUUCUACCUGGAACCAAAAAGGGUUCUUCAAAUGGUUAUCCUAUGGGGACAGCCGAAGAACCCUUUUAUCUAGAUAGCACCUUUUUUUCUAAGAGUCUACAGUAUACUAUAGUAUUUGAAGGGCCCAGUUUCCAGGAGGGACAUUAAUAUUUAAUUUGUCUCCGUAUUUCCAGCAUCAACAAGACAACAGGACCAAAUCUGUUUCUCAGAUAUCGAUCCAAGAAAUGAAUUAUCCCAAAACAUCGCUAUUAGAGAGUAACAGGAGGACACAAACACAAGUGAGCCCUGGGCCACACCAUCACUGCUCUAUAUUCAUUAGUUCAGCUCAACUAUGUAUUUUAUAACCAGGGAAACAAAACAAAAACACAUGACAGACAUCAUUGCUAUAUGGCCCAGAUGAACUAUCAUCACUGCUUUGCCAUACAGACCCCUCCCCCACACGCACAUCAGCACACAGCCAGUUAGACACUAAAGACUGCCAAAUGUCAGCUGAGAUCUGGGGCAUUGGCUUGGGCAAGUGAGUGCUAAAGGCUUUAUAGCACCAAUAAUUACAGAAGCAAAUUGACUCCCUUUGUUUCCAAACAUGGUUGAAUAAUUAUAUUAUUCUGAGAUGCCACGAGCAGCUAUGAAUCCAGAUGAGCAUAUUAUGCGCUACUAACACAUGUGCAUACACUCACAUGUAUUCCCGUAUGUAUUAUUUUUUUGGGGGGGCGUGUAAACUAUAAUGCAUUUUAAAUACAAAGCAAUUGAACCAGAAAUGCACAUGAACCAAUUAAGGGCAGCAGACUAGAUAUUGUCCCGUGUAGCUCAGUUGGUAGAGCAUGGCGCUUGCAACGGCAGGGUUGUGGGUUUGAUUCCCACGGGGGGGCAGUAUGAAAACAAAAACAAUUAUGCACUCACUAACUGUAAGUUGCGUUGGAUAAGAGCGUCUGUUAAAUGACUAAAAUGUAAUAUUGUACAUGUAAACUGCUCUUUAUACAGUUUAAUUGGUCCAAUAACCCAGUUCAUACAAUUAGAAAUAAUUAAAAUGAAAUUCAAUUCGAGGUUAAUAUGUUUUUUAGAACAGCAUUGAUUUUCUGUGUCUAACAUAUCAUUGCCGUUUUUCGCCGUCUUUUUCACCGUAAAUCACCAUGUUUAAUUAAACUUUACAGAGCAGUGAUGUAAGGCAAGUGUGUCCUUCAGGAACAAUGGUGUGUGCUAAGUGCUUGACCUUCCCUGCUAUUGCAGGGAGCAGAAUGUGAAAUGAACACUAUGACUGAGAGUCUCAGAUUUAUCGCUGUCUGACUGGAAUGGAAUGGAUCCUCUUAUCCCCUCAAACACUUGAAACCGCCCAGAGGUCCUGGAUCUGCAGUUUCUCAUUGUCUGUCAAUCAAAUCAUGAGGAGAUAUAGAACUAGCUGGAGUCAAGGGGCACAUUGUCCUUAUGGCUAUAUAACCUUAUAACAAGAGAUGAUAUGGUUGGAAUCUCUUUAAAGUGCCAUUCUAUGUGGUCUAGUUCAGCUAACCAGGAUAUACAGGAGGACAUGUUAUAUCCUGCUGCCAUGGAGAUGAGAAUAGAACAGACCUCCUCUCAGGUGUGAGAUUGUGUUGGUGAUGUCGUGUUUGGUGUGAAGAUAGACUGUUGUGCAUCCCUGCUAUCCGAGAGAGGUGGACGGAAGGAAGAACAGACGGGUAGGUUAGUUAAGUACACUCUUAGAAAAAAGGGUUCCAAAAUGGUUCUUCAGCUGUCCCCAAAAAGAGAACCCUUUGGGGUUUCAUGUAGAACCCUCUGUUUUAAGGGUUCUACAUGGAACCAAAAACGGUUCUACCUGGAACCAAAAGGGUUCUUCUACCUGGAACCCAACAACGUUAUUCAAAGGGUUCUCCUAUGGGGACAGCCGAGGAACCCUUUUAGGAUCUAGAUUGCACCUUUUUUUCUAUGAGUAGUUCGGUGGGAAGGUAUGUAGAUAGAUAGAGAGGGAGUGAGGGAGGGAGGAAGAUAAAAAGAAAGAGACUGCAUGUGGAUGGAGGGGUACCACUGCAUGUGGAUGGAGGGGUACCACUGCAUGUGGAUGGAGGGGUACCACUGCAUGUGGAUGGAGGGGUACCACUGCAUGCAGUUUUGACUCACUGAUUAAAAUGUCAGAGUUACAAACAAGCAAGGUCAGAGUGUGUAUGUGGGGGGCAUGGAAGGGCAGCACAUCUCCAGUCCCUUAGUUGGCUCCUUCCUGUUGAUACCUCACAAUCUUUAUGUCUGAGCACGUGCAGCAGCACAAUACCGUGUUAAAACCCAGGGAAUAACUUGGGGGACAAGCCCUUCCGUAUUUAGGUAAUUAAGGCUGUAGAUUUACAUCACAGUCAUUUCAGAGGAUGCUACUGUUUUUGCUUUCCCUACCACAGAACUUUCCUCACUCACUGCCGAAGCAAACUCACUGGACAAUGGAGAUUCAGUAGAGUUCAGACUAGGGUUAAGUGUUCUACAAAGCUUAACUCUGUGUCCUGGUAGUCGUGACCUGAUACAGAGACACGCUCCAUUUCACCAGAGACUUCUACCAGAGCUAACAAGCACAGUUUCUCAGCUGACCUUUAGGUUUGAGUUACAGUAACAAGCUACAGAGCCUUGACCCCAGCAGCAUCUCUAAGCCAUUGGGCUACCAUUCCACCCAGGAGGGGACUGGAGGGAGAUAUAUUAUGGCCUUAUCUGCAAACAGCCACACACAUGGGGGUUGCACAACAAGGAUACAUAGGGAUUGAGAAUGAGAGAUGAAAAUGAUUAAACAAAAAUUCAACCACAGUGGAUAAAUUGUUCUGGGCAGACAGUACAAUCUCUUUCAUAUGCUUGAAUCAUACUCGACGGCUGUAAAAAAAUGUGUAGGUUUCCGAAACAAAUCCUAUGUGCCCCUCAGGUCAUAAAGUCACACCUUUUCCAUCAACUGACAAGUAGGGUGUGGAAGGAAGAGAGAGGGAGGAAAGAGGAUCCAACCCUCUUAAACUGUCAGGAGUCAUAAAGGACAUACAUUUUACGACAUGGUGCUAUUGCCUGAGGAGGGAAUUGAAAGCAGGGUAAUUUCACCAUUCCUUUUUUGUAAGUGUUGUCUGUGUGUGUCACUCUUUUUUCUCUGGUUUAUGGAUGCUUGGCAGAUGCCCGUAUCAACUCCCACAAGUUACUCAUGCUGUUACUUACUUACAUUAUACUACCAAAAUCCAAGGAUGUAGAAUCGCCUUACUGUUAAUCAGGAAUAUAAACCCAACCACUGAUAAUUAUAUUUGCUUCCAUGCCUGCCUUUGCUACAGUCUCACUCAUCAUAAGCUCUCCUGUCUCAAGACGAACUUCUAUAUAAACCAAUUUAUUAAAUGAAAAAUUCUACAGUGCACAUUUUUGUAUUAUUUUUGAGUGAUAGGUCUAUGAAUCCUUAUGUCUCAGGGGUCUGGAGCUCAGUGUAGAUGCACUGUCACUGGAUGUUCUCACUCUCUCUCGCUCGCUCUCAUUCUCUCACUCUCUGUCCCGCAUUCUCUCUUGCUCUGUAUCUAUGCACUGUUGCCUCAUUGUUCAGACCCUGGGCAAGAAGACAAAACUGAGGCGGGGAAAACAAAAAAAUGUAAUCACCGAAACCACUCCUGAAAUGUUAAGUUGUUAUUUCUGUAUGCAAAAUAACUUAAUCAGUCUGUGUGUGUCUCUGUGUGUGUGUGUGUGUGUGUGUGUACACAUGCUUGUGUUUGUGCAUACAGUAUGUUGAGGGAUGGGGGCUGAGAGGUACAUGGUGACAGUAAGGAUUUUCUCCACUUAAUUAGCCUUGAAAAUCAAACGGCUACUAGCACAUUAAAAAUCCAUCUUUUUAUUUCCCUACAGAAACAAUUAAGAAGCUCCCUAUCUAA